CCGGCCCCCCCCCUCACUUCUAUGUUGCCAGGGGUAGGGAGGAGGCGGUGGAAGAAGAGGCGGCCCUAUGAGCGGCGGCGGCAGACCGGCGCCCCUCAGCGGCAGCGGGCCGAGGAGGAGAAAGGGGGAGAGGGAACCAAGUAAUGGCGGCCAGUUAGUGUGUGACUGAGCUAGAGGAGGAGCAGCUCCCCGCGUCCCUUCGAGCCCUUGUUCCUCGCCCGGCGGCGGCUGAGGCGCCGCUCCCCAAAGCAGAGGCGGCGGCGGCGCCAGAGACUGAGCCUCCCUCUCCGGGGCGGCUGAGGAGGCGGCGGCGGCGGGAGGGGGGCGCCAUGGUGAACACCCGAAAGAGCUCCCUGCGCCUCUCCCGCAAAGCGGCGGCGGCGGCAGGCUCCGGGCCCGGCAGCCAUUUCAUCUCGUCCAGGACCCGUUUGUCUAGGACCAGCGCUCGGGCGGCGGCGGCGGCGGCAGCAGCAGCAGCAGCGGCGGCCGCCGGUCAGGAUGAAGAGUCGGCCCGGGUCAGUGGGGGGAGAGGAAGACGAGGCGGGUGCCGAGGGAGGGAGACUCGGGGCAAGUCCCGUAGCGACGGCGGCGAAGAAGGGGCCGUUGUCGGUGUGGGUCAGCCAUUGGGGUGGGGGGAGGCGGGGAGAGGGGCGAGCUUGCCGGGGGGGGGGGAGUGCGCUGGCUCAUUGUCCCGCUCCGAGGGGCUGAAGUGCAGCGCGACCGCUCGGGGCCGCCCUACCUCAGAAGGAAACCCCCCCAUAGAACCGAUCCGGACCCUGCGAUGACGGGGAUUUUCUUCCGGAGGGUGGCAGCAGGGGAAGGAGUUUGGGGAGGCUUUUCUGUGGUGGCGCCCCAUUCGCCUGGUACCUUCAUUGCAUAAAUCCGGGCCUGGGCGAAAGCAUUCUUUUCUCCCAAUUAAACCAUCUGUGUCCUUUUAAACUCUCGAUGUGUUUGUGUGUGUGUGUGUGUGGGUUAUCCAUUUGUUGUUUGUAUUCAGGUUUAAUUUCGCGUGGUUUUUCUGUUGUGAAGCGCCCUGCGAUCUUCGGGUGAAAGGGCAGUCUACAGAUGUAAUGAACAGGAACAACAACAAGAGGAGGGGAAGGGGCUCCGGCUGAACUUCUCCAGGGUGACUGACUGCUUGCGUGUUUUGCAUGCAAGCACAAUAGUGUGUUUUUUUGUGGGGCUUCUGCUGCUCUGUAUGUGUGCGGAGGCUUGUCUGGUUUGUGGGACUAAAAGGCACGAGAGUCUGGAAAAAGGGGGGGGGGUCCUUUACUUGUAUCCGAGCUGGCCGCCUUGCUUUGGUGUUGUGCCAGAGUGAGGGUGGGUGGGUGGAAAGCAUCGGGGCCUGUCUGGCUCUGUUGCAAGAGGUGGACGUGAGCAGCGAGCCGGGAGGGAGCUUGGGGGUUUUUUUGCAGCAGCUCUCUAUGCGAGCGAGUGAGCGAACCGAGGUCAUUUGAGGUAGGACGUGUUUUGUGAGCUUGCACAGCUGAAGGAGGACUCUGCUGGCUGCGGCCAAGAGCUAAGCGGGGGCAAAGUGUGGCUGGUUGGGCGGCUCAAGAAGUAGCUGUAGAGGCGGGUUCUGGCGCAGAAGGAGCAGUUGAUAAGAGUGAGGAAACAAAAACCCCAAUUUGCGCUCUUGCUCUCUUUCGCCCGUCUCCUGUAUGUAGGAGGCGCAGAGAGACUGGCAGGGUCUGCUGUGCCACCCAGCUGUCUGGGGCACGGCGAGGCUCCCCCGCUGGCCUAUGCUGGGACUGCAUUUUAAAGGACAACAUGGGGAAGAAGAAAAAAGUUUAGGCUUAGAACUGCCAAUUUUGUAAAUUUCUUAGAAAACCUAAAUGGAGUGCAGUUUUCUUUAUUAAAAACUGUUUCCUGUUUGGCAGGGUAGGGGAAACUGGGUAAUUCUCUGACAAUUUUGGAUAGAGAUGCAAUUUUACCUCUGAGGAACGUAUCGAUAACUCGGUCCGGUAGAGCAUGAGACUCCUAAUCUCAGGGUUGCGGGUUUGAACCCCAUUUUGCGCAAAAGUUUCCUGCAUUGCAGAAGGUUGGACUGGGUGACCCUUGUGGUCCCUUCUAACUCUAUAUGACUCUUUGAUUAGUUAUUUGCCUACAUUUCCGGAUAGUUUUUUUUUUUUAAUGACAAUCAGUAAUGUGGAUAGGUUCUUCAUCUAUUUAUUAGUUUUCAUUGGCGAUGCACUAUGUAAAUGAAGGAAAAAUCACCCCCCCACUUUGUCGCACACCUUUCUCUGCCACCCCAACCUUAUGCUUACGAUAGCAGUGUUUCACACUGAAUGUAACUGACCUGUAGAUAGGAGUAUGUGAAUGAAAACAGCAACACUAUACGUAUCUUUGUUAUCCAUUAAAAUCUAUUUAUAAAAACAAUAAAAAAAGACAAGCAGUCAUGAACUUUUAAAAAGAAUCACAACUGAAUCUUAUUAUACCCUGUUCAGGGUACCUUAUUUUAAAUACUGUAUGUGAGCAUUAUCUGUCAACCUUUCAAAUGUGAGAAAUUAUAAAUUCCUGGCAUGACACAUUCAGCCAAUCUGUUGUUUCUGUAGGGACAGACAUAGAUGUAUUAAAGGGUGUUGUUUCUGUUGCUUCUUUGUAAAGUCACAAAGUAGCCUGAUCAAUGGGUCAUCAAAAGUACUGUAUAAGUACGGUAUGUUAUGUAUAAAAUGUUCCGAUUAUUUUUAACUUAAAAAGAGCAGUUGAGUGAUUCUGUAUGAUAGCCUUGGACACUGAAGCACAUCUUUUGUUUUACUUACAUAAACCUAUGGGGUUUCGAUCUGAACCCAACUAGUUUACAAUCUGUGAAUAUGAAAUAUCUUUCCUAAAAGAGUUUAAAAACCUAUUGAGUAUUAGUAGUUUGCAGUGCUUUUUUCUGGAGGAAUGCAGGGGUACGUAUACCCCUAAACAUUUAGUGAAUCUUAAGUUUGGCCUCAUUGAGGGGCAGUAUUUCAAUAUGAGUAGGAAAAUGAGAGUAUGGCUAAAAAUUUUUUUUAGAGAAAAGGCACUGGCAGUUAUAAAGAAUGCUUAAAGACCUAUUUAAUAAAACAGCAGCAUGAUGCUGUGCAUGGCUACUCAGGUACAGUGGUACCUCGGGUUAAGUACUUAAUUCGUUUCGGAGGUCCGUACUUAACCUGAAACUGUUCUUAACCUGAAGCACCACUUUAGCUAAUGGGGCCUUCUGCUGCCGCCGCACCGCCGGAGCACGAUUUCUAUUCUCAUAUUGAAGCAAAGUUCUUAACCUAAAGCACUAUUUCUGGGUUAGUGGAGUCUGUAACCUGAAGCGUAUGUAACCCGAGGUACCACUGUACAUCCCACUGAGUUCAUUGGGACUUACUCCCAGGUAAUUGCUGUAGAACUGAAGCCUAAAUUUAAUCAUAAGCAUUUAAGAUUGGUGAGUAUGUAUAAAUUUACUGACAGUGAAAAUGUUAAAGAUGUUUGCAUCCAUCCAUGAUAUCAUGGAAAACUAAUUUCAGAUAUAUGCCUUUAAAAUUGCUUGUGUGCUUGUUCAGAUUCUUAGGACAGUUAUGUACUUUCAUAGUGCACCUAAUAUUUUCUAAUUUUGGUCUCAUAGAAAGAGAUGCAUAUGAUUGUGAAAUGCGCCUAGUACAGCAGAUAUAGGUAUAAGUGUUUGAAAAAUGUCUUUCAGGCCAGGCAAGUGAGUCUCUUUAAGUAUUCCUUCAAAAACUACAGAUGCUAUAUUUGAAAUAUUUGUAUUGGGAACUAGAUCCUGAAUAUUAGCCAGCUGUUUUAAUGCGCUUAUGGAGCUUUGCGUACAUGCAGGGAUUUUCUUGUUCUAUCCUGAGCUGUUGGGGGAAUCCCCAUGCCGUCUUCUUUCCAUUGAAGAGGAGGGUUCUUUGGAAGUGCAUCUUGGAUUGCAGUCGUUUCUUGUCAUUCUUCUUUAUCUGUUCCUUGUUUGACAAGUGGAAUGCUUCACAAUAUUGCCUUUUUUGUAGGCUUAUUUCAAUAUUAUUUUUUAAAAUGUUAUUUGCUUAGAAAUCUGAUGCUGAUUCUGUUCAGCAUUGUUUUGAUUAUUUCUGAUGGAAUAUCAUGCAAAUUACAUGCACUACUUAUGUUCAUUGCUGUUAAGUCUUAUGUGCCUGUAUGAAUGGGGAAAACUGUAUAAAAGGCGAAGUGUGAUCAUUUAUUAAAACCACUUAGAUAACAGUUGUCUGUCUCCCCCCCCCCAUGAGAUACCAUACAGAACAAAGCUGACCUAUUAAAAUUUUUCUUAGACCUUGUAUAAUAGUGGAUUGCAUGCAGACAUUUUGAAGCCAGAUUCCAAGAAAAAAAACCAUACAUAUAAUAGUGAUUGUUUUACAAAUAGCACCUUGCUAUUUUUAUUCUGCCAUGACAGUAUGUGAGGUCAUAAUCCUAAGCAUACAUGCUUCAAAGUCAACUCUAGUGAAAUUAAUAGGAUUUACCUCUGUAAAUAUGAUUAUAAUUGACAUAAAAGCUUGUGCAACUUCUUGCUAUUUGUUGUUGAAACAUUUUUGUUUAUCUAGAAAAGAGAUCCUUAGCCAUUUUUGUUAGAUACCCGAGAGGUGAUUUUAGUGUUGGAAAAAGUAAUGUUUAGUGAUUCUUGGAUGAACAUAGUUGCAGUAGCCUAGGUUACAGAUAACAGAAUGAGGUAUUGUUAUUGUAUAUUUGGUAGUACGUACAGGAAAUAAAGUGGAGUAUUGUUCAGAUUGAUUUUUCAGAUCAUAAAAAUUGUAUGAUUCGGAUGUGUGUUUUUUAAAAAAAUAUCCUAAGCAUUACUGUUGAUAAUAUUUGAAACUGUAAACCAAAAGGUUUUAAAAUUAAUCUUCUUUCAUGUGGUUAUUAUUCUUACCUUGUUAUUUACAAAGCUAGUUUUAUGAUCCUUCGGGAUGAAGUAAGAUAUCAGAGAUACCUGCAUUGCAGGGGGUUGGAUGACCCUCUGAGUUCCUUUAAACUCUACAAUUCUAUGAUUCCAUGAGAACAAAUGCUGUCAUAAGGAGUGACCUUAAUAGCUAUUUGUAAAUUACAGUUGCUGGUUGAAGAAGGUCCUUACCUACAACAGGGGGAAAGUUUCCAUUCUUGUGAUUUAUAUUUUUUUUGGAGGGGGGGAGGGGAAGAUUUAUGUAAGAUUUACCCAACUUAAUUGAGCAAGAACACAUUACUGAGAAAUGCUGCCUGAGUUGUUACAUGUGUUUGUUGCUAGAAGCAGCACUUUCAGCGUGUCUUGAUUUAGAAGUAUAGCACCCUCAUGUAUUUAAUUGCAGUUGAGGCAUAGAAAUGUUCCAGCUGAAGUCUAUACCAGUCUUCCAUGAUUUAUCAAAAUUGAAGUGUUUUUGGAAACAAAUCUCACUUAAAGAGAAAUCUAUCUAGUAUAAUAGGCUUUAUUUCAUAUUUAAAAUUGAUGUUGAAUUCCCUGUGGCCUAUCUAGUCCAGGUGCUGAAUGGAUAUUGUGUGCUUCAGUGACCCUCAUGGAUCAUCUGUUUGAAUCAUAACAAAGUUAUUCAGAACAGCCUGUCAGAAGAUUCUUAUGCACCCUCUUCUUAAAAAAUCCCCAAGAAUGAAAUUGCAUCACUUACUAGUCAGAUUGUUGCAGUUAAUUUCUAAAAGUCAUUGGGUUUUCCUGUGUAAUUCUAAUCCAUUGUAAGUUCUGUCCUUAAUUGUUAGGAGAAACAAUGGUUUUAGCUUUUCAUUCUGAAAUACAUUUGAUGUUUAAAUUGUUGUUACGCCCCUUGCCCCAGUACUCUGUAGUCUGAACAAACUUGCUACUUCGAGUCACUCAGUACAUGAGAUUAUUUCAAAGCUUUUAUCAUUCUUGUAGCUUUCUUCUGGGCUGUGUCAAUAUUACAGAUCAGGGGCCACUAACAUUUUUGGGAGGAGCGAGAGAUGAAGUUAUUCAAUGCACACAAUGCUCGAUUCUGCCCAGUAUUACCUUGAAGAAUAUAACAUUUAAUGUCAGUGCUUAAGACACGUCACAUAGAUUGUGCAACAUCCUUACCAAAGCAAGUCCAAGCUAGUCAGCUGUAAUUUAAAUUGAACCCAAUAGUUUCACAACCAGCCUUUGCCAAAAUAUUUUGUAGUUGUCUCCUAAGAAUUAAAAAAAAGGAUAACUGUUGACAAAGGACUGUUAAGCUGUCUUGAAACAGUCACCAGAGCUAAACUAGAAAUAUAUCUGGAAAUCAUUGUAGCUUGUGAUAAUAUUUUUUUUUAAGCUUUGUGCUUAGAAAUACUUGUUUUUAAUUACACUGAGCAAUAAGCUGGUUGCUAAGUGUCUUCAGGCAAUGAUGCAACAGUUUUCCUGCCUUGUCUGCUUUAGCUAGUUCAGCUCUCCAAUACCACUCAAAAAACAGGUUUCAAACCAGUUGUGUAGCUUCAUUUUCAACUCAGAACAGAAUUACUCAGUAUAUUUAAUAAAGGAUUGGCCUGUUUUACUGGUAUACUUCAUUAAUAGAGCAGGCACACCUUUGGGUUGUUCACACAGCAUGUACAAACAUGGCUGUGGUCUGGUAGCUUACUGUUUAAUAUUUUAAAUUAUAUAGUGAGUUAAAUUUUUUUCUAAAUUAAUUAAUUCUGUUGUCUGUGUUCAGUAUAUUUAGUUUACAGCUCCAUGAUAGCUAAGAAGCAGUCAAAGCAUUUAUUGUAGUAGUGUUCAAACUAUAUUCUGUGGAAUUCGGAGGUUGUCAAGAAGAUCACUAACAGCGCUUUUCUAUUUUAAAAAAAGAUAGCAUGUCAGCCUUUCAGAAAGUCUUGAGCGUAUUCUAGGGCACUUCCUUGGUCCUUUUUGGUUAAAGGUUUUUCUGGUGCCCGGCAAAAACUGAAGUAUGUCUGGCAUGGUUUUCACAGGAGAGGGAUCCACAAGGAAAGAAGACCCUGAGGUUAGGAAACUUGAAUUUUGUUGGCUUUGCAGGGAAAUGAGGACUCUGAAUUUCAGUGGGAUUUGAGAACUUCAAAGUACAAGUCCUUAAUUUGUUUAUUGUUGUAAUUCAUUGAAACCUUCAAAAAGGUUUUAAAUUCCCAGUUGCCAGUAACUAUUCUUCAGAAGCAAAGAAAAGCCAUUUCAAUGAUAAUGAAAAGAGGGUAUAAAAAUAUUCUGCAAAAGUGAUUUUCCUUGUUAGCUUGCAAAUUAUAUUAUUUAUUAAUUAAAGGUUUUAGAGCAUUUAUGACCUCUAGAUGUAUCAUGUGCUGUUUUGGGAUGUAUUGUAGUUUGAUCAAAGGAAACGUUGGCUCUCCUCUCCUCUCUAAUAUAAAUAUUGGAGCUUGGUGAAAAAUCUGAUGCAGCCUCUGGAGAAAGAUAUAAAGCAACUCUUUCAUUUUCCUUAUGUCUUCUUCCUAGGAUUAGAUUUCAGUUUUGGCUUGGGUAGUUACAUGUAUUUUGUGAAAUUCCUGUGGGUUCACUAAAAGUAGUACUACAGUUGUCUGAACAGAAAUGGAUUGCCCAUCUUUUCCAGAUAUGGUCCCAGAAUGUUUCUUUACCAAUGAGAGGUGGUUUAAAAUCAGGUGGUUUAAAAUGAGACUAUCAGCUUGUCUUUUUUUUCCCCUCUUAGAGAGAUGAUGGUAGUGAUGGUAGCUUGAGUGAUAGCCACAUAUCUCCUCCAGCCAAACGUACCUUGAAACAUGCAGAUUCUGUAUGCAAAGACAAAUCAAAAUCUCGCAGUACUGGGCAGCGAGAGGAAUGGAGCAUCUCAACUGGACAGUCCCGGUAAGAAUGUUAACAGUAUUCAAAUAUUUGUCCAUUAGAGUUCUGCCCAUUUGCUUGAACCCUGUAAAUCUCUUGAUAAAAUGUCAAAUCUCCAUCCUUUUGCAGUGAAACAUGUUGCAAAAAAAGUUCAUCUACUGCUCUAACAGCAUCCCCUUUAAAAGUUUUCCCCUUCCAUAGCAUAAUAAAAUGAGCCCUGUGUCCUGAUGUUAUGGUAUUAAUGCAUUUCCUGGCAGUUAAUUAUGCGGUGCGUAGACAAUGCAUUGAAAAUGGGGAUUAUACCUGGAGGGGAAGGUGAUAACUAGAUUUGGAGUGUGUGUAUGCUUUUGCCGGUAAAUGUGGAUUUCUUAUAAUCUCUGUAAUUUCUCAAUCAGUCACGUGCUAACGGAAGCUUCUUUGUUUAGAACUUUAUAAUAAAGAAUAAAAAUAAAGCUGAGGCUUCUGACUUCAUGCAUAAGUCCAUGAGACACAGCUUGUUCCUUCUCCCCCCACUCGACCACUUUAUUUCAAAUGACAAGCUUUGUUUGUGGAAAAACAUCUGUUGCUUACAUUUAAACAUCUGCAAUUCCUUGUGCUGUAAGUGCUGUAAUACAUUCCGUAAGAUGAACUAGUUUAAAGCUCUGUGCCUUAACGUAGAAAGAAUGUUUCAAUCUCUCCCUGUUUGCUACAUGACUGCCUGUCAAGGACUCCUCCUUCAGUCAUUCUAUGCUGAGCUGAGCCAUUAUUUGUCCUAGCGUGUUGUCCAAACUUGGGCUCGUAUUUCAGCUCUCCCAGAAAAAUCACAACUUGUAACUAAUGUUUGUGCUAUGCAAUGAAGUCAAACAGGAGAAGUUUUCUUGGUUAUAUCAGCGUAGGGGGAAAAAACACUGUGCAGAGAUGACAUAUAAAGUAUUUCAAUCAUUCUAUUUCCCACAAAUGUUACUAGCCUACAAAAAUGUUUACUAGCCAGCUGGGAGAUGACAGAAGAUGUAUGAAGAGCUGUGCCCCUCUUGAAGCAGCCCAUUGCAUUUCUGUGCUGGACAUAGAGGAUGCCGUUUUCCUCCUAUGGCUUGGUUUAUAUGUUGGGCAUGGAGGGAUAGAGUACUCUGUCCCUCUCUUGCCAGUCUGCUCACUUGCCUGCAUGCAGUUCUAUGUUGCCUACAGCUACCAGUAGCUAGUGCUUAAGUACAAAGCUGCUCUGUUUUCCUAUUUGGUUCCCAGAAUUGCAGAGAUAGAUGAUUAUGCUUUUGGUUUUCUGAAGUUAAGGUUUAAAUUGAACUCAUGGUCUCAGAUGUCUGAAAAUUGCACAACUGAUGUACAUUGUUAUUUAAGCUGAUAAAUAACUGCACUGUUUAUGCUGGUUGGAGUUAACAUAUAAAUAUCCUUAUGCUUUCCCCCUACUUUGCCAAGGGAAUAAAUUGAAAUACUGUUUCACGCCACCACAGUAGAGAAGAUCCUCCAAUGCUCUAGUUGCAAUCUUCAGACUAUCUUAAAGGGAAGUUCAUUAUAAAGCACGUUACAAUAGUCUAAACAUAAGGUUACAUGAGCACGCAUCACAGUGGCAAGGUUAUCUCGACCCAGGGCAAGCUGUGGCUGGUGCAAGCAGUCAGAACUGGUAAUAAGCACUUUUUGUCACUGAGGCUACCUAGGUCUCAAGUAAUGAUGGUGGAUCAGGAGAACCCCCAGAUCUAUGAACCUGCUCCUUCAAAGUGUGUGACUCCAUUGAGGACAGGUCAUAUACCCAAUUCCUGGAUGCAACAUCAAAAUACCAGCAGUACCCCUAUCUUGUCCAGACUCAGUCUGUUUGAUAGCCCUAAUCCAGCCUAUUACCACUUCCAUGCAGUGGUUCAGCACUUACACAGCUUCAACCAGUAAAUGGAUCUGUGUGUAAUCCACAUAUGGGUGACACUGAACUCCAAAACCCCAGAUGACUGCCUCCAGCUGCUUCAUAUAGUUUGGGGACAAAAUAGUACACUGCCAGUCUCCGCAACACAAUUUCCAAGGCAUCUAACAGGAUUCUUCCAUUGCUAGUUUUCGGAAACAUUCCUGCAGGUAGAAGUGGAACCACCACAACUCAAAUACCCCACCGAACCGCUCCAGGAAGAUGUCAUUGGUGAUAUCAAAAGCCUUCAAGUUUUCUAGAGGAAUCAGCAAGGUUGCACUUUGCCCCAACUCUGUACCAAAGCUGGGCAUAAAGCUUGUUUGAAAUGGGUUAAGAUAAUUAGUUUAAUCCAAGCACUCCUGGAGUUGCCUGGCUAUUGCUCUUUUGAGAACCUUUCUCCAAGAGAGGAUAUUAGCUAUUGGCUAUAGGGUCCAGAAAAAAUAUCUUGAGAAGGAGGCACUCCAUUGCCUCUUCCAAAACAAGAACAGCCACGCAAAGACACAUUGGUAGUCACAAACUGAGCCUUCUUUGGCACCAUCACUGCCCUACAGUAGGCACAAUUAUAAGUUCUUUCUUGUGCUUGGUCAUCUUUGCUGCAAGUCUUGCACUAUAGCUUUCCUGCUUGCUUCAUUGCCUGAAGUGGUAGUAGUAAUAAUAAUAAUAAUAAUAAUAGUAAUAAAUACUUAUUAAAUUUAUACCCUGCGUAUCUGGCUGGGUUUCCCCAGCCACUCUGGGCGGCUUACAGCGCAUAAAAAAUUGUAAAACAUUAGACAUAAAAAAAUUCCCAAUACAGGGUUGCCUUCAGAUGUUUUCUAAAAGUCAGAUAGUUUUUUAUUUCCUUGACAUCUUAUGGGAGGGCAUCCCACAAAGAUGAAUGUAUAAUAAUAAUAAUAAUAAUAAUAAUAAUAAUAAUAAUAUAUUUAUACCCCGCCCAUCUGGCUGGGUUUCGCCAGCCACUCUGGGCAGCUCCCAACAGAAUAUUAAAAACAUGAUUAAACAACAAACUUUGAGAACUUCCCUAAACAGGGCUGCCUUCAGAUGUCUUCUAACAGUCAGAUAGUUUUUUAUUUCCUUGACAUCUGAUGGGAGGUUGUCCCACAUGGUGGGCGCCACUAUUGAGAAGGCCCUCUGCCUGGUUCCCUGUAACCUCACUUCUUGCAGGGAGGGAACCUCCAGAAGGCCCUCAGUGCUGGACCUCAGUUUCUGGGCUGAACGAUGGGGGUGUUCCUGGAAAACCGUUUUUGGAUACUUAGCAGUCAUGGUGUUGGUGCCCGUUCCCUCUCACCAUUUUGUAGUGACACUAAUGCCUCAACAGGAUCACCAGUAGUGUCAACUUGAAAAUCCCCCAGAGCAUUCAGGAAUCCUGGUUCCAUAAUUCUUUGUGAAUGGACCAUUUUAACUGACGCCCACCCCCCGCCCUGCAUUGGGAAGUGGGGCAGAACUUGCUACCUUUGGCCUAAACCUGACAGGAAGUGGUUUAUCCAUGUUUCAUAGAACAUCUCCUAGCAUCUUUACUUUUACUUUUUGGAGAAAUAUUUUAAAACUGAAUGCCUGAUGGUCCUGCCAGUCAUUUUCUGUUCCAGAAUAGAGUAAAUGCUUCAGUAAUUUUUCUUGCAAGAAUCUUUUCUAUUUGUCUACUGAUAGCAUUAUCAGACAGGUGAAACACCGUAGUUAUUUCUUUGCUUUAUAUUUCUGAAUUAAACACGGCAUCUUUGUGUGUGCUCUACCACUGAGCUACGACCCGUUUCCUUUAUUUUGGAAAGUACUUCAAAUUUGAAAUCUAUUCUUACUUUUUAAAACAGAAAAUUACAGUUCUAUAGAAUCAAUGUACAGAAUACUUGUGUCUUAUGAGUUCUUGAGCUGAUCAAUAGAGUGGCUGUAAAUUUUGUUUAUUUAAUCCAUUAAUGAAUAAAGCAUAAACCUGCAGUUGGUAAAAAGAGAUGUGGUGUGUUUUGUAAAAUCACUGUUCAGCUGAUUCCCACCAUUACUUAUUAAAUAGUUUUAACCUAAACUAUGAGUUAAUAUGUACACUGCAGCUUAGCAAGACUCUUAAAAAUCAAUACUUUUUUUUGUUUUAAAAAAUGACUAGGGAGGAGCACAGUGACUAUGAGCCCCUGUAUUGAAGCCUGUAUGUACUUGCUAACCAUAUUUUGUCAUGCAAGCCAGAUCUAUGUUUCACAUUGCCCAAAUAUUGGCUUUUGAGUCUUCACCUUAAGUGGAAUUCCAGGUUUUUUUUAAAUCCGAACAGUUUCACAGGUAGAUUUUCUCAUCAGCAUAACAGUGAUGGGGAAACAUAUCUGCUAAAAUUAUCCUGGGCAUACAGCUAUUUACAGUCCUGGAACCUGUCACUGAUUAGCCCUGUGAAGCUUAUGUCUAAUACCAGCACAAAAUUGUGGUAAUGGGUUAAAUAAUCAUAAUAGGCAAGUUUUUGCUGUUUUAAGAUCUCCGUAAUAUGACUACUUCUUACUAAUACGUUUUAACAUUUGAGAGCUAAUGUUCUGCAGAUAAGGACAUUCUAAUUUCAUUAUUGAUUCCCUGGGUGAACUUGGGCAAAUCUCUGGCUCUGUCUCAUUUCCCCAUCCACAGGUGUUGAAGAAUAGUUAUCUGUUGUGAAAGAGAGUGAGAUAUAAAACUACUUGUUUGAGAAGUAGUUUACUAUGAUACUAGCAGUGGUCAUAUUCAGUCUGUAACAUUUAGGUGUAAUGCAAGUUAUGUGUGGCUUGUAACUUUUAAUAGAACAAAUGAAUAUAUUUUGCAAAUUUAAUUAUUUCGUAGGUUAACUUCUCAAUCUGGUGCUACAUUACCAAAUGGACGUAGUUUAUGUAAGUACUUCAUUUUUUACCUAUGACCUUUCUAAUUAAUAGUGAUUUUUUUUUGUUCCCUUGUGUCUUCUGUCUUUCAGUGUCAGAAAUUUGUUGUUUUUUCGCCCACGCAAACAAAUGAAUUACCAAUAAGAUUCCAUGCAGCAUUAUUUGCCAUGAUUUUCUUCUUAUUACAUUCACACAUUAUGAUAAUUGUCAUUUAAAAAUAGUUGCUACUCUAAAGAAAUGAGGAUAAAUAUACCGUAAAUCAAUAGUGAAGUGGGAGGCUAUGAAAUGAAAAGAAGAGAUUUUUACAAGGAAAUUGCUUGUUUAUAUUAUGAGGUUGAAGCAGAAUUGAUAAGGUGAUUUUUACUUAAAUAAAAUAGAAAUAGACUAAGGAUUUAUUAAGGCUAAAAAAUAGCUAGAAGAUAUUGCAGGAGGAGAAGAAAAAGAAGAAGAGAGUACAGUAUAGUGAUUAGGAUCUUGGGAGUCCAUGGUUCAAAUCUCCACUCGGCCAUGAAGCUCACUGGGUGACCUAUGGCCAGUAAUUGUCUCAGCCCUAGCCUACCUCACAGGGUUGUUGUGGGGAUUAAAUGAGGAGGGGGAGAACCAUGAUCUCUACCUUGAGCUCCUUGAAUAAAAAGCGGGGAUACGAAUGCAGUAAAUAAAUAAAUAAAUAAAUAAAUAAAUACAUAAAAUAAGCAGAGAGACAAGGUGACUUACCUGAAUUUAGGCAUGUGGUUGAUCUGUCAAGUUGGAAUAUAAUAAAAGUGAUCCCGCAAGGAAAGUGAGAGGGGACAAAGUAUCUUCCCAGCUUUCUUACUGUACUGUACUUGUACCUUUCAUAUUUUAACUUUAUCAUUAUAAUUCUUAUUAAAACAUUUAAAAUCAUUUCAGCUCUCAAAAGCAAUUCUCUUCGUGGGGAGAAAAAGGUUGAUGGGGACCAUGCCUGUAUAAAUGGAGGUAGAGAAAUCAGAAAAAGUUGCCGAUCCAGAAAAAACAGAUUUGAAAGUUUGAAUCAAAGUUUACUGUUUGACCAACUGGUAAACAGGUAUGUGGAAAUUUUCCAAUAACGUUUUCUAGAUUACUGGCUUUGUUGACAUAUUUUGUUUUCGGAUUGCGAGAAUACGUCCUUUAGCCAUUCCUAAAUUGCCGCUAAUUAGUUUUUGAUUUAAGUGUUUGACAUAUCAUUAACAAAUAUAUCCUAGUGCAGAACUGUUGGUCAAAAUAUUGAAAUUUUUGUUUAAUCAAACACAGCCAUGCAUACAAAUUGGUUUCCUUUCUGGAUUUUGAUCUUUUUCUUUAACUUCUAACAUCCUAUGGUUUUUGCAAAGUUAUUGAAACUACAGAUGUUAACAACGAUGAUUGAAUCUACUGUAUAGUAAAUUUCAUGCUUGGACAUUAUUAUGCUCCAGUUUUUAUCACGGUUUUAUUUCAGUGUAACUACUGAAGGCAGGUGGCUUUUAUUCUCUUUGUGACCUAUAAAGCAGGGGUGGCUAUUUUUUUUAAAAAAAAAAUGCUAUGGGCAAUUGACAGCCACCCCUCCCAAGUACCACAUGGCAGUGGUGUGCAUGGCCAAUAUAUUUGCAGACUACACAUGCAGCAUACAUACGCAAAAGAGACCACAAAGUACACUUGCACAUGCACACUCAUGCAGUGCACAUACAUCCAUAGACUCUCUCUCACACACUAGUAACUUAGCUAGAUUCUUAUACAGUGGUACCUCUGGUUACGUACUUAAUUCAUUCCAGAGGCCCGUUCUUAACCUGAAGUUGUUCUUAACCUGAAGCACCACUUUAGCUAAUGGGACCUCCUGCUGCCGCCGCACAAUUUCUGUUCUCAUCCUGAAGCAAAGUUCUUAACCCGAGGUACUAUUUCUGGGUUAGCAGAGUCUGUAACCUGAAGCAUAUGUAACCCGAGGUACCACUGUAUGGUAGAAAAGGCACUAGCAUUUCUCAUCAUAUUUUCUUCUCUCAUAAAUUUAGGCCGAGCUAGCAUCCAUUAUUCAUGCUCAUGCAAUUUAUAACUGAUUAGGUCAUACAGCAUUCCAUGAGUACCUUGCAUUCACAGAAUUCCCGAAAUCACAAAAUCAUCAUCUCACAACUUACUGUGUUAACACAGAUGUUAACACAGAGCACACACACACUCUCUUUCUUUGCAGGAUGAGAGUUAUUAUAAAGUUCUCCCCACCCUAGCAGUAAGGUGGUGGUGGGGAGUGAACCUUUUCCUGUUCACAGUAGGACCCAUGGAGAAUAAAAAGAGUGUUCCCAAGACACCCUGUCCCCACAUACCUGUACUAACAUGAGGAAAAUGCUGCUUUUUAUUCUUCAUCUCUAGCGAGCAGGUAGAAGGCUUUAUCACCUGAUCUUAGAGGGAGAUGAAGUGAUAAAGCAUCCUUUUGCUUUCUCUUGAUGGAGCAAUUUCAAACGAGGAUGCAGAGCACUUAAUCUCAGUGCUGAGCACUACUGCUUGCAUAGUAAACAGUAUCACAUAUUUAAAAACAAUGUUCAUAUAUUACAGCACUGCUGAAGCUGUUCUUCAGGAAAUGGACAAUAUUAACAUCAGACGGAAUAGGCGAUCAGGUGAAGUGGAACGGUUGCGCAUGUGGACAGAUACGGAAUUUGUAAGUUCAAGUUUCCAGACCUCAAGUUAUAAAAAUAUACCCUUUCAAUUUUAAACAUUUCGAAGAUAUCUGUAUCUUCUAUGCAGCGCUUUAAACAGAUGAAUAAAAUAUUGAUUUUUUAAAUUAUAAAUUAAUAUGUUUCAUUCAUUUGCAAAUAAUCAUGACAGCGAUGGAGCAGAGAGGGAGAGGUAUGUGAUAUAGGCUUAUAUAAAAUAGCUGUCAAUUUAUAUUGUGUGUGUGUGUGUGUGUGUGUGGCAGGGGGUGGAAAUCUAACAGCAGUAGUAUAACUUCUGGCAAAACUGAAUACAAAUUCUGUGUGUAGCACAUAUUUGGCUGAUCCAUCUUUGGGUUUGCAAAGUUAAUAUAGACCAGUUCAGCUGUUGUUUUCUUCUACUGUUGAGUGGUCAGGGCCUGUACUGUUCCUGUGAUUUCUUGAGGCCUCCCUCGAACAGUACAACAGCACAUUUGAAAGCUAGUCAUAGCUCAGGGAGUUGUCUUAGUUCCCAUCUGCCACAACUCAGCAGACUUGCACAACUGUUGAAAUGCAAUGGCAAAUGGCUUGGUAAGUGAAAGCCAAUUGAUGAGGCAACAAGGCUUCCUCUUUUAUGAGCUGGCUAAGUUGCAACAGCCCCGCCCUCCCAAGCAACCCUAUUGGCUGCUGGGAAGCUGUAGCUCUGUGUGGUGGAAUCCCAGAGUCUCUGGUUCAUUUCUGUGGCUCCCAACCUUUGGGCAGCAUCUUUGUGGGCGUCCCAUUGCUGCAUGGUGGCAAGAAGACCAAAGAAUUUGAACAGAAUAAUUGGGGCACUUGCACUGUGCACCACCCGUAAGUUCCAGAAUGCUGAAUGUGCUCCUUUCCCCAAAAUGUGAACGCUUGUUCAAUAGCAGCUGCUCCACUAUUACAAUAGCAAAUAUUUUUGUAUGGCAUAAAUUUGUGAAGAUAGAUGCUGUAACAAAUUAGUUUUGUUGGUCUUGAUGUUGCUGUAGUAGGGAAAUGAUAACAUGCUCACUGUGUCUUCAGUGUCAGUAGCUGAUUUAUAAUUGCUUAUAGUCCCAAGCAUCACUUAUUUCUCACCUUGAACACUUCCCAGAUGAUGCGUGUUUCUUGUUUUACAAUGCAGAUCAUGCUGAUAUUAUCUUUAUUCCAGGAAAACAUGGAUAUGUAUUCACGUGUCAAGAGGAGGAGGAAAUCACUGAGGAGAAAUAGCUAUGGAAUCCAGAACCACCAUGAAGUUUCCACAGAAGGGGAAGAAGAAGGUAAUGACAGAGGUUAGCUAGCUACCUUUGUAGGUGCUAUUGAAAAUGUUUGUGUAAAAAAGCCAAUAUAGGGGUUACAAGAUUAUAUAGUCAUCGAAUUGCUGAUAUCUUUAAUUUUGUUUAGUUAUAUCCCACAGACCAAAAUAAUCUCUGCUCUGAACAUAUUCAAUUUACUGAAUCUGUCAUUACACUGAACAGAUUGAUUUUAAAUUCUUUAUCACCUGUGAUAAAAUUUAUCCUGAUAUUUUAUAAAAAUACUCUUUGUGACCAAAUUUUAUCUGUCUGUCUGUCUAUUAGAAUCAUUUUACAAAUUAACAGGAAUCCUUUUACAAGAGUCUGCAAUGAAGUUGUAUAAAUUCUUUAUUUGCCUUUUAUUUCUAGAAUCUCAAGAAGAAGAUGGAGAUAUUGAAGUAGAGGAGGCAGAGGGAGAAGAAAAUGAUCGUCCAUAUAACCUGAGACAAAGAAAAACAGUGGAGAGAUACCAAGCGCCUCCUAUAGGUAAGAGAGAAGCAUAAACAUGCACACCACUCUUCCUUAAUUUUAGUAGCUGUGUUGGUCAGGCUGUCUUCAAUGUAUAGCAAGAGAAAUGGUACCUUUUUACCUGAUGAUUUAUUUAACUGCUGGAAGCCCAAGGGCCUUUCAUAAUAUUUUUCUUUUUGCACUGGAUGUUGUUUGAGACAUUAUUGCCACAUUUGCAUGUUGUACUACAGCAUGGUAUAAUAAUCAAUGAGCUUAGGCAAGCCUUGAGCUCAUGUGCUCUUCCUUCUGAAUGAAUAGCUGGAAGGAAGUCAGGUGCUUUUUCUUUUUCGUAAUUAUGGCUUGUUAUAACAUUCUAAACAAACCAUGGUUAACAUAGACUGGUUUGUUUGAAACCAUGGCUUCAAGUUAAUGUUAACUUGUUGGUUUGGAUAAAAUGUCAAACCACAGUUAAGAAAAAGAAAAACGCAUCUAACCUUCCAGCUAUUCAGAAUGAAUUAUGUAUGGUUCUAACUCUGUGUCUGUUUCACUGACAAUUCUUGUACAACCUCUGCCAUUUAGGUAUGAUGAGAUAAGCAGUAGAACUUGGCUCUCCUGUGUGACUCCUUUUCCCUCUGCCCUCUUGCUGUGUGCAGCAGUGAUGGGAAAUCUGUUUCCCCAAUUGUUGGACUCCAGAUCCCAUCAGCCCCAUCUAUCAUAGCCAGUGCUCAGGGGCAAAUGGAGUUCAUAGUCCAGCAACAGCUGGAGGACAAGAAGUUUCCUACCCCUGGUAUAAAGGACUGGGAGAGCCCAUAAUUAAUUUAAAUAGGAAAUCUGCUUGGUUGCACCUUUUAACUUUUAUUUAUACUUGUAUAUUUUGAGAGGAAUCCAGUGGAAGUUGUGGUACAUACGUCUUAAAGAAAUGAGUGUGAUUUCAGUAGGGUUGCCAUAUGUCCAGAAUUUCCCAGACGUACCCGGGAUACUGCAGUUGCAAGCAGUGUUCGGGCAGAAAUUGGCAAAAUGUCUGGGAAAAUCCAGACAUAUGGCAGCCCGUGCCGGCACUGUCGUUUUUACUGAAUUUCCUCAAAAAUAGCUCAGAAACAACCAAUUUCUUGGCAAUUUUGCAAAUAAAGCUAUUUUUUUAAAAAAACAUGGCAACCCUUAGAUUUGAGAAAACUGGUUUGGAGAGAUGAUGAUGAUGAUGGAGUUUUUUAAAAAGUUAUUUAUUUAUUUAUUUAUUUAUUUAUUUAUUGCUUGCUUGCUUGCUUGCUUGCUUGCAUAAAGGUCUGAGCUUUGCGUAAAGGUUGUGAGCUUUAGCAAGAUACCUAACAGUGAGCAUGUAGUUGUUUGUAUAAAUCUGUAAGAAAAUAAAAAUAAUAGUACACAAAUUUGUAUUGCAUUGUUUUUCAAAUUGGUUUGUCUUCUCCAGUGCCCGCACACCAGAAGAAAAGGGAAAAUGCCUUGUUUGACAUACAUAGAUCUCCUGCAAGAAGAAGCCAUAUCAGGUAAAUCAGGGGCCAGCAAUGUUUGGGGGCAUAUAGGUACAUUUGGAAUUUUGAGAGAGUCCCACUUCCCCAAGUCACUUCCCCCCCAAAAUGUAAAGAGACAAUGUUUCUGUGACACACACAUAGGGGAGCAGGAAGUACAUUGGCGGUGAUAAACUUGGUCAAAUUUAUCAUGGUUUAUUAGAUCAAGUCACAACAGAACCAGGCCAUAGUGAAAUAUUUCAAAUAUCAUUAUAAACUUGAGCUUUAACCUCUCCUGUUUCGAACAAAUCUUGCUUAAGAUUAACCAUAGUUAGUUGGAAUUUGAUAAAAUGACAACCUGCGGUUAAUAAAAAUGGAAGUAAAAGCUUCCAGUCUUACAUGCUGAUGGGGGGGGGGUAGUGUGAGGCUUCUUGUAACUUAGUCCUUUCACAAGAAACUGGUUUAUCAUGACAUCUGAGCCGGUUCAGUGUAUGAAGAUAAGGUGGUUUUCUCUGCUUAUUACAUUUUGUCGGUGUUCUUAACUGUUAGCAUUGGAACGCUGAAUACAUGCUGUUCUUCAGUGAAAUACUUUUGUUGCUUCCAUAGGAGAAAGAAGCAUGCUAUUCAUAGCAGUGAUACAACCUCUUCAGAUGAAGAACGCUUUGAAAGAAGAAAAUCUAAGAGCAUGGCAAGAGCAAGGAACAGGUAAUUUUUUGUUCUUUUGAACUUGGGGAAUAACAGCUUCACUAUACUUGGCUUGGUGAAGCUUGCCAGACAUGCAAAACUAUUUUAUUCUGACUCAGAUAAUUGGCUCGUCUAAUCUAGUAUUCUCUGUUCUGACUGGCAGCAAGUCUGCUCCUUAAGUGUUUUUUAAAUUAAAGAUGCAUGGGUGGGAUGUAGUCUGAGACUUCGCUUGUAAACUAUGUGGUUUAUACUUUUUAUCGUACAGAUUUUGUAUCUUUGCAUGUGUUGUACUCAUACUCCUUAUUGUAAAUUAGUCUUUUGGUUCUUUCUCCCUGAUACUUAGCAACACUUUUCCUCAUGGUGGCUGAAGUUAUUAGUAUUAUGUUGGGACAUAUUGAAACAUCAUAUGGUUUCCCCCUUGACAUACAUGUAGUUUCAUUGGAUGGCAACCCUGCUCACCUUGAAAUUGAAUGUGACCUAAUUUGAGUGCUGUUUUUGUAUCUGUAUUGAAACAGAUGUCUGCCUAUGAACUUCAGAGCAGAAGACUUGGCCUGUGGAAUCCUGCGUGAACGAGUGAAAGUUGGUGCAAGUUUGGCUGAUGUAGAUCCUAUGAUUCUUGACAAAUCGGUGCGUUCCAUCUAUUUGUCUUCAUAACUAUUUUACAACAAACUAAUCGGAAUUGCUAAUCCGAAGCUUAAAUAAAUGCAUAAUUAGUUGCCUAGUUAGAUCAGCACUUGUUGUGUUGUAUAUUGCUGACUCAAAAACAAGCAAACCAGGAAACCAUAAAUUACACUUCCAAAGUUAAAAAUAAAUUCAUAGUUUAAUAAGCCUGGUUGUGAAUGCCUACCUGUUCCAUACCUGACAUAAUACGUUAGAUAUAGGGCAAGUGGGAGCAUGGGUACCAGAGAACAGUUGGGAGCCUUAAAAUGCUCCUGUUUGUACCUUAGCGGGGGGGGGGGGCCUUGCUGUCAAUGUCAAUCAGCUGAUCAGUGGUGACAGCAAGCCUGCAGCAGUCAGCUGAGCUGCGGAGUACCCCAUUGGGGCUGGCAGUAAGCACAAGUACCCCUUUGCAUUGCAUUGAAUUGAAUUAAAACCAGCAAUGCCAAACGUUCUUCUUCUAUAGGUAUGGCAGGUGCUGUACCUGCAGAAGAUUUUUUUCUUUUGGGGUCCCUUGAUGUCAGAUGACUGACACUUGGGAGGCUCUGCCCACCUGCCAAAAUGGCCAUGGUGGGGAAUGAUCCGGGAGGUGGGGAUCCAACCCACUGCCUGGAUCCUGUUCCUCACCCCUGUUUUAAGCUUAUGCUGAUUAUACAUAAAACCAAUAGCUAAAAAAUACUAUUUAUCCCCCUUUUAGGUGCGCUUUGAUAGCAUAGGUGGACUGAGCAAUCAUAUUCAUGCACUUAAGGAAAUGGUUAUAUUUCCUCUUCUUUAUCCUGAAAUAUUUGAAAAAUUCAAAAUUCAGCCACCAAGGUAAGUAGAUUUUUUCCCCUUCAUAUAAAUUUUCUUUGUAUUUGAUGUAUAUUGUUUUAAUAUAUUGUGCUUGAGAAGGAAUUUAGCAUACUUUGGGAUGUACUAUGCCACGUUCCCCAAGAUUGUCAACACAGAGGUGAAAGAAGAGUGAUGUUGAAGGGAACAUUUGGCCGGCUAAGUCCACCGUUCACUUAUUUCUUGAAGAAACCAUUCAGCACAACUAGUUGUAAAGUUCAGAUUAAGUUAAUUCCAAUACAUACAAUUAGAAGAACUAUGUAUUUGGCUCAGUCCAGUUGACUAGGAGCUGUGAUGGGGUGGUGAUCGCAAAAGGUAAUUUGAAGAGUGUACAAUUAUUAUUAUUUUUAGUUUGCUUAGAGUCUUAAAUAUGCAUAAGGGAUUUUACUGGAUGAUGGUCAGGACCUCUAUAGCUUGUUGCUGUGGUUAAAAAAGGAAUGUUAAUGUGGAAGGACUGAUGAACCGAACAUUUGCUUUUCUUUUGAGAAUGUGUGUGUCAGGCCCUUUCUGAAGAAUAAAGCAGAGGAGACUUUUUAUGUGUGGUCUAAAAAGCAUAGUAGCAUUUUGGAUUUAAUCUGACCAGGGAAAGAAGUUACUGCAUUUUUGAAGAUAUAUGCAGUGAUGUCAGUAGAGAUGAGAUGUGUUAUUCAGAGCCUUUAAAAUAACUACAAGAAGUUGGCAAAAAACGGGUUUCAUGACAUGGCAAACUUGUGCAGCAGGAGACACAGAGCUUUUCUAACAUAACCAAUAUGUUAAAUCAUAGAAUCAACACUCUACUGUUCCUCUUGUGCCUUAAUUGAUUUCCUCUGCCUUUUUGCUCAUUUUGUAAACUGCUUUGAGGUUUUUACAGUAAGGCGGUGUAUAAAUUUUAUGAAAUAAAUAAAUAUUGGGUAGAUUUGCAUAAGGGUAAGAGAACCUGAGAGAGAGAGAGAGAGAGAGAGAGAGAGAUGUUUGAAUUGUAAUCUUACCAGUAAAAACUUUUCCUCUUGGCAAUCAAUCUUUAGAAAUAUAUCUGAUGCUUCUUUUAAUCUUUGAUAUUGCACUAGAACCCACUGACCUAGCAGCUGACACAUCAGCAAGAAGUGAUAGACUUACCUUUCUCUUUAAAUGAUUUGGAACAGAGAGAAUAAUUAUUACAUUCCCAAACCAAAAAUGAACAUACCCGGGGGGAAAUGUUGGGCACAUCAUUACUGGCAUUCGUGCCAUGUGGGUAACAAAUACUUUCUGCAUCGAACAAGAAACAAAGAAAUAGUGAUUACUAUAUUUAUCCAUUUGUCUUCAGGGGCUGUUUGUUUUAUGGUCCUCCUGGAACAGGUAAAACCUUGGUAGCUAGAGCUCUGGCCAAUGAAUGCACACAAGGGGAGAGAAAAGUUGCUUUUUUCAUGAGGAAAGGAGCAGACUGUCUCAGCAAAUGGGUUGGUGAAUCUGAACGGCAACUUCGACUCCUCUUCGAUCAAGUUAGUACACAACAUUAUCUCUUUGAUAGUUUCAACCAAAACAGGAUGGGAGUGCUUGUCAGAAACGUUUUCAUUGGAGGCUGUGAUUCUGGAGGCAGGCAUGUUAAAAGGCGGUAAAAAUUCACCUAUUGACACAGGGAGGGAAAUAAAAUCCAGGAAGCAUUGCUCUUGCUCUGAAUGAUCUUCUUUUGCAGUUGGUGAGGUCAUGUUGCCAAAUUGGAUUAGCUGCAUAAUGUCGUAGCAUCAUCAUAUUUUCUACUGGAACUUUUGCUGGAAUCACUGCAGGAAGAGAAGAAGGGAUUUUAUUUAAGUAGCAGCAAAGUGUAGGCAAGAAUGGCUUCACAUUAAUAAGCACAAAAGGGACAUUAAAGCCAAGGCUCCUAUGUAGGUCUACUCAAAGCUAAGUCCCAUUGAGAUUAAUGGGGCUUACUCCUAAUAAAGUAAUGAUAGGAUUUCAGCUUUAAGUUUACUUUGGGACACAUCCCCCCCUACAAUUGCUUUCACUCUGUGAAAAUCAAAACAGGCAUAAUUUCUCGUAUCCCUAGUUUCUUAUAGCAGUGCUUAAUUGCACUGUGUUGGCAGAUGAUAUAAAAAGAUACAAAGGAAACAAUAUAUUAUCUAGAUUGUCUAAAGCUUUUGUUCACUAGCAUAUUCAAUAUACUGAUGGAACUCAGCAGUAUGGAAUGGAGCCUAAUUUCUUGCUACAUAAAAUGCAGGAUCUUCUGUUUAUGGAAGGGGUCUUCCCAUGAACAGAAGCAGUUUUUCCAUGAGCAGAGUGAAAAUUAAGAUCAAACUCUAUAAUUGUCAGAUUUUGUUAGAAAUAGUUUAAGUAAGAUAUCGGGUUUUUCUUAGAAUACUAAAUAACAAGAUCACUUAGGUGAAUUCCUAGAAUAGAAACGUACAAGAGGACAAAGCAUGCUCUGUGUAAAUUAGAAUUUGAGGCUUGUUCUCUUUUUAUAGUGUGUUCAUCAAACAUUUCUUUUUGUUGGAUUGGUUGGGUGUACCUGCUUGGAAAGAAAUAGGAGCAGGUUGUUUGAGCAAAAAACUUGCUGCAGCUUCUUUUUACCUUGAAUUAGAAGAUGAGGGACGUUACCCUGACAGUUCAUACUUCUCAGCUGAACACUGGAAGAGUUGCACUUCUGAUUUGCCUGCUUCAGUGAUACCCUGGGCCAUCUUAUAUGGAACAUAGACCAACAAUUACAAUUCCCUCCAAGCAGAUGGAACUGUUGAAAGUGAAUCUUGGCUCUCCCAAAAAGAAAAUAUUUAAUGGUACAGUGGUGCCUCGCAAGACGAAAUUAAUUCGUUCCGCAAGUCUCUUCGUCUUGCGAGUUUUUCGUCUUGCGAUGCACGGUUUCCCAUAGGAAUGCAUUGAAAAUCAAUUAAUGCGUUCCUAGGAAACCGCCUUCAGAAGAGGUCCGGGGACAGACUGUCCCCGGACCUGGUCUGAAGGCGGGGGGGGGGCAAGGGCUUUUCUUCCCACCCCCAGCAUUUUAAAAAACCCUGGGACAGCGGAGGACUUCUCCGCUGUCCGGGCGAUCUUAAAAUGCUGGCGGGCGGCAUUUUAAAUCACCCCGGGACAGCGGAGGACUUCUCCGCUGUCCGGGGCAAUUUAAAGCCCCUGGGAAGGCAGGCAGGGGGACAAAGACUUUUGCCCCCGCCAGCCUUCAGAAGAGGUCCUGGACCUCUUCUGAAGGCGGGCGGGGGCGAAGUCUUGCUCCCCGCCUUCAAAAGCCCUCCGGGACAGGCAGGCAGGGGAGCAAGGACUUUCGCCCCCGCCCGCCUUCAGAAGGUCUUCCCUCCCCCCGCCCGGCUCGGAGCACCGUUCCGGGCCGGCCGGCGGGGGGAGGUCUUCCCUCCCCACCGCCCGGCUUCGGAGCACCGUUCCGAAGCCGGGCGGCGGCGGCAGGUGUUCCCUCCCCCCCGCCCGGCUUCGGAGCACCGUUCCGAAGCCGGGCGGCGGCGGCAGGUGUUCCCUCCCCCGCCCGGCCGGAGCACCGUUCCGAAGCCGGGCGGCGGCGGCAGGUGUUCCCUCCCCCGCCCGGCUCGGAGGAGCCUUCCGAAGCCCGGCGGCGGCGGGAGGAGGUGUCCCCGCCCCGCCGCCAGGCUUCGGCGGAGGUCCGAGGCCAGUGGGGAAGACGCGCUGCGCUUCCCGCUGUCCCUGAGAUUUCCCUAUGGGCUGUCGUCUUGCGAAGCAAGCCCAUAGGGAAAUACUUAUUGCGAAGCGCCUCCAAAACGGAAAACCCAUACAUCUAGCGGGUAUUCCGUCUUGAGAGGCGUUCGUCUUGCGGGGUACCACUGUACUUGUAUGACUGGCAUGAGACAGGAGGUAGACUUACGAAAGUAAUCUUGCAGAAUGUGAGAAACAACCUGUUUAUUUCCCCCUCUUUUAACAACAUCCUGAAUCUGUACUAUUAUUGCUGUUGCCAUUUAGUAAAAUGCAUUUGAUCGGUGAACACCUUUAGUUGGUGAACUUUAGAUUUGUGACCAGAGUGGGUUUACCCAGAAGGACAGCAGUUCAAGUUAGACAUUAAUUAAAGGUACAGGUAGGCUUAGUUCUUGGCAGUAUAAACAAAUGCUUUUCUUGUGCUUUUUUAACUAAUACUGUUUGUUGCUCACCAGGCAUACCUGAUGAGGCCAUCCAUAAUCUUUUUUGAUGAAAUUGAUGGAUUGGCCCCAGUCCGUUCUAGCAGGCAGGACCAGAUUCACAGGUAAUCCUAGUGUAUUACUUCUGAAUAUCUUGUGUUGGCUCCACAGUUUCGUUGUUCACACAGUGGUAGAUCCAACACCUUUUCAUAUUAAGUGUAUAGGGCUGGAUUCAGAUAAGGGCUUUGUCAAGCACAAGGAUUUCCACUUGCACAGUUGUGUUUUCCUGCACGCUCCCUGUGCCUUACACAGAUCUUCUGUGGAGGGUUGGGGAACACGCCAGAACAGAUUUAAGGGGUUUGUGGGGAGAAGAGAGGGAGGGGAAAUUCUGUUGUGCAGCCAAAGGUUCUUGUGCUAGUGGAAGCACUUUGUUGAAUACCACCCAUAAAUAUUUAGGCCAGUGAACAUGAUAAAUAAAACGUAACAUGAAAACUACUAGUAAGCAAAUUGUCAGGAGAACGUUCUAAAUGGUUUAACUGGAUUCCCCCCAGCCCAACUUUUAUCUCCUGUGAACAAAAUACUUUUUGUUAGCUUCUGCAAGGUAAGCUUCAUUUUAAUUCUAGCAACUUAUUUGAUCACUGAUGUAUAACUGAUACAGGAAUUGUGCGCAAAGUGAUGUGGCUGUGCUCUCUGGAUGCUUAUCAGUGGUACCUUAUAUGGUGGAAAGGGCUGUGGGGCUCAAAUGCGGCUGUGAAUAGAUUGGAAAUUUGCCCUGCAGCAGUAGUGAUAGGCAAAAGAUAGCUGGUAUAUCUCUUUGGCUUUUCCUUGGAGAGCCAGUGUGGUGUAGUGGUUAAGAGCGAUGGUCUCGUAAUCUGGGGAACCGGGUUCGUGUCUCCGCUCCUCCACAUGCAGCUGCCGGGUGACCUUGGGCCAGUCACACUUCUCUGAAGUCUCUCAGCCCCACUCACCUCACAGAGUGUUUGUUGUGGAGGAGGAAGGGAAAGGAGAAUGUUAGCCGUUUUGAGACUCCAAAUCCAAACUCUUCUUCUUCCUUCUUUUUUAUUUGGGAGAGAUUGAACAACAACAAAAAAAGGUUUUCUCCAGACUUCGUGUAGGUGGGCAAGGAUCAAACAGAAACAGGUUAAGGAUUGCUCUUUACAUUGCUUCUCUGUGGAGCAUUGUCAGGGCAUAAAAGAAACUCUUCUUUGUUCAAUAAUGAGAUACAACAUAACUUUGUGAGAAGACAUAUUCAGAAUUAUUAUGCCUUUUGGGAUCGAAUGCUUGUCACUUGCAUACUUAGGCCUUGUCUAUGAGCAACACCAAAAAUGAUAGUUCAUUUCAAGUGCUUCACUAUAGUGUUCAUAACUAUAGUGCUGCUAACCUUGGCUGGGAUCCAAUCUCCCACAAGCAGUGUUUGAUUCUGGACUCUCCUGCUGGUAGAAGGAGCCGACAAUGAUUUUUCUGACUUUCCUUCACAACGAAAAAAUUUCGUACCCUCUGAAAAUCUUCUGCAGUGGGUUGGGGGACCCAGCAAAAAAAGGGGAGUAUUUUACAAGAGAAUGAUUCUGAAUUGCUUUCCCCUUUCUGCCAGCAGGAUAUCUCUGCCAAAUCUUCUAAGGAAAGAAGGAACCCUUCCAUUUGUGAAUGGCUUAAUUUGGUUUUGCCAUACAUGUCAUGGUUAUCCAUGUCUUUUAUUUAGGAUGGUUAUAAACAUUUUUAAUGACUGCAUUUACAUAUUUUGAACAUUCUCCCUAAAAAUGUGGUUGAAAUGUUGUUUUAGCUCUAUAGUGUCAACUCUACUUGCUCUCAUGGAUGGAUUAGACAACAGAGGAGAAAUCGUUGUCAUUGGUGCUACAAACAGACUUGAUUCUAUAGAUCCAGCACUCAGGAGACCUGGUCGUUUUGACAGGGAAUUUCUUUUUAGCCUGCCUGAUCAAAAGGUAAGAAUGUGAAGUUGUUAUUUUAUUUCUUAUAUCCCACCCUUCCUCUCAAGAGCCCAGGGCAACAUUAGAAGCUAAUUGAAAGCACAAUACAUAGUACAGCAAAUAAGUCAGCAUUAAAUGAUACAAAUUCAAAUAGGUAAACCAGGACUGAUCAGAGACAUUUUGAUGCCUGUUGCAGGUCAGUAAACAGCAGCGAUAACAGUUUGCUGCCCUUCCAAAGUCUGAGCUGCCUCAUCUGCCUAAUGGUAGGACAGGCUCUCAUGUAAGCAAAUUUUUUAAACUAAAGAGAACCUAGUAGUGCCAGAUAGUCUUCUUAUAUUACAUUUGAAAAAAACCUCUGUAGGUAAACCAUAUCAGUAAAAGUUCAUGGCUUCCUUCAUGCCAGCAUUCUUAUACUCAGCUUUUGUCUGAGAAUAAAUAUAGUUCACUUCUUCCUGAUAUGAAUGGGUGUACAUCUUAAUAGAAAUAGCCAGCAACAUUUUUUAAAAUUUUUUUUCCAGAACUAUAAUCUCCUAUAUUCUUUUGCAUUAACUUAUCUUUAUUGAAGUCCUCCUUUGAAGUAUUAGCUUUCUAUUGUACUGCCUGAAUAAUCAUGUUCGUGGUAUUUUUCUGCAGUAAUAAACUGCUUGUUAAAAAUUAAAUGGGGAAGCACAUAAUUAGUUUGGAUUAAAUGAGAGGGCAUAAAUUAACCGAUUUGCCUGUAAAAUUCUUUAUAUAACCAUCCCAAGAUUUCAGUUACUUUGGGAGCAAAAGUGAGCUUGGAGAGACAAUCUAGGGCAGUGAUGGCGAACCUUUUAGAGACCGAGUGCCCAGACUGCAACCCAAAACCCACUUACUGUAUUUAUCGCAAAGUGCCAACAAGCCAGUUUAACCUGAAUACUGAGGUUUUAGUUUAGAAAAAACAACUCAUACAUUAACAUCUUUUUUCUUAAAAGAAGAACACAAUAACAGCUUUCAAUGAUACAAACAACUUUUUAUUGAAAGGUAAAAGUUUGCAUUAAGAUGAUCCAAACAAAAUAAGGAGAGCAAUCCCAAGUGCUUUCUCUGACUUAAAAUUAUUUGGCAGAGAAUUCCACACUUUAAGAAUUCCCCGCUUUUAAGCUCCAGCCCAAGCAAGCAAGCGUUCUUGGUGUGGCCCUCUGAGCACAUGCAGAGCGGCGCCCCCAAUCACGCCGUCCCCCUCAUCGUGCCGCUGUUUCCUGAAAGGGCCCCGGGGGCUGCCCCAUGUGCUAGCCCUGCUCCCUUGCCGAGCCCCGACCGGCCUCUAUGCAGGGUGUGUAAAGCCUCAACCUUGCAGCAGCAGCAGGAGGAGGAAGGCGGCUGUUCAGAACUGUCGGCGGCCCACCAACGCAGCAGCAUGCCUCUGAGCGUGUGCAGAGCGCUGCGCCCUCCCCACCCACAGCGGAAGCUCCCCAAGGGAAAACGUGCGCCCUGGAGGUUGUGGCUCCGUUUUGCACCCCCCAACGCCCCAUCGGAGGCGCUUCUACUCAGACACAAGUCCCAUGAUCCAUACCCAACCUUACAACAACAUGAGCGCCCGCUUGGGGAUGGUGUCGUGUAUCCGAAUGAGACCAAUGCCCCACCCUGCCCUUCCCUUUGCGCCUCCCUGGCCACGAGGGCGCCUUCUCAGUCUGGGCAUCCUGUGCUGAGCAAAAGGAGCCCUAAAGGUGCUGCAGCAGACAGGCCAGUUCGGGGAUUUCGGCUCUUUACUGUCCUGCUUGUGCAGCUCCCAAAACUGAGGGCCCACCAUAAUCAUUGCCGGUGCUGUUUCGCAACCCGCUCACGCAAAAUACUAAUUGCCACAAUAUGCUCCGGAAGCCUCCGCGCAGUUGGGCGUGCUGAACAAUUGGGCCAAAGAAUAGCUGUGACCCCCGUUUUGGAGAGAGUUGGUGCCCUGACGGGCAUCACAUCCCACUCCUGCCGCACAGUUUCCUGCUCCGACCCGCUGCGCACAUGGCGCUCUGGCUGGCCAAGUUGAGCUGAGGACUCGACGCACCGCCCUUGCCUUCUGAUGGCUCUGUGCUGGGGCAAGGGCGCACGUGUCCGCAGAGAGGGCUCUGAGUGCCCCCUCUGGCACACGUUCCAUAGGUUCACCACCACUGAUCUAGGGAUUGGGUCUUAUCCAUGGGUUGGCAAACUAAGGGCUGCGGGCUGGAUCAGGCCCAAUUGCCUUCUGGAGCCGGUCUGCAGACGGUCCAGGAAUCGCUAGCGUGCACGUUCUUUCCCUCUCCCUCCCUCUCGCUCACACAGCGGCGGCGCCUCCUCCCUCCUUCCUCCUGGCUUCUCCCUGCCCUGCCUAGAGGAGGAAGGGGGCUGGGCUUUGUUGGUGCCAGCAGCAGCAGCAGCGCUUGAGCAGCUGCCAUUUUAAGCAGCCCCUCUCCAGAGCUCUUUCGCGCGCCGCUCAUCGUCCCUCCGCCGCUGCCAGCCCCUGCCGCUCGCAAGACACAGGUAAGCGGCCACUGGGGCUCGUGGUUCUCUUGCAUCAUCCCCCCCCCAAUAUAGUCCAGCCCCCCACAAGGUCUGAGGGACAGUGGACCAGCUCCCUGCUGAAAAAGUUUGCUGACCCCUGGUUAUCAAUAGGCCAAUAAUACCCAUCUCUGUCUCUCCCUGUCAAUUAACGCCAAGGAGACUGUGGAAGCUGUGCAAUGUUGCCUGGAAGCAGUGAGGACAGAAUGUGGGCUAACAAGUUGAGCCUUUGUCUAGACAAGGCAGAGAUGGUUUUGGCCAGUAGAUGGGCUAAUUCAGGACUGAGAAUGCAGCUUGUCCUGGAUACUUGUAAAUUCCUAUAAAGGUUCAGGGUCAGCUUGGGGAGGGGGACUCCUGAUGUUCAGGUAACGUCUAUGACCAAGAGUGCCUUGUCUGAGUCACUGGCUGCAUCUCUUCCUGGAGAAGUUGGAUCUGGCCGCAGUAUUACAUGCAUUGGUCACCUUCUGGGUAGAUUACCGCAACGAGCGCUGUGUUGGGCUGUCCAGUGUUCACCAACUGUGGCUGGUGCAAUCUGCAGCCACCGGAUCACUGGACUAUAUAUAUAAGAUUAGAAUAUUUUCAGACUAUAUUACACCAGCCAUAUAUAAACUGUACUGGCUUCUUAUUUGUUUGUGCUGUGACCUAUAAGGUCCUAAGCGACUUAAGACACAAUAUUUGAAAGACCAUUGCCUCUCGUGUGAACCUGUUCAUAGGUUGAGAUCAUGAGCCGAAGUUAGUCAUCUCCAUUAACUUAAAUUGAUCAACUCUGAGAAGAGCAUCACUUCCUUUCCCCAGCACAAUAAAGGAUCUGGUCGGGACACGAGAUAAUGUCUUUUCUGUGGCAGCAUCUCUGUUAUGGAAUCCUGUAUCUAGAGACGUUAGACUGGUCCCACCCCCUGAAGACUUUUGGGCUGGGAAUAAAAGCAUUGUACAUUUCAACUGACUUUAAGCAGCUUUUAAUUUCGCAAUGAAGAUUUAUACUCCGCUGUUCUUGGUUUUAAUGUUUUGAUUUAAAUCUGUUAAUUGUGUAUUGUAUUUUUCCUGCUUCUAAAACUAAUGUUGGAUCUGGCCUGUAAGAGUCAAAAGGUGAUAUAAAAGUGUGUUAAUAAAUAAUAAUAAGGGGUGUGUGUGUAUAUUUAAGUUAGUUGAUUAACUUGUUCAUGCAAGUGAUAGGUUUGAUAUAUUGUGAUGUAGCUCUUAAUACUGAAUUUAUUCUUUCUUUCCAAGGCAAGAAAGCACAUAUUCCAAAUACAUACCAGGGACUGGAACCCAAAAUUGUCUGAUCAUUUUUUAGGAGAAUUAGCGGAAAAAUGUGUCGGUGAGUGGUAUUAUAUUAGUGCUUUCACUUUAGAUGUCUUUGCUCUUGAAAGGUUUUUUCUUUACUUUGUAAGAAUCCUUAAUGUGCGCUUAUUAAAUUAUGUACAUAUGUACUGUUAAAACAUAUUAGAAAAUUGAAAUACAUACUAAUAUAUUGCUCAUAUACUAUCUUAACUGAUGUUUCCUGUUACCAACACAGAUCCUUUAUAAGACAGUUUAUAUGUCGAAAACUUUGGCAUGAUUGAUUAUCCCUUUAUAGGACUGAACAUGCAAAGCUACCUAGCUUAUGGGAUACUGGUCUUCCAGAGGACAAUGACAGCUCUUUUUAUAUUACAAAUAAAAUAGAAAAAACCCAAUUUGUUUCCCUACAUGUGUGGAUGCUAAAGAGUUCUGUCUUUUUUAUUAUUGAAAUGGUUUUUGGAAGGCAACUGAGCUAAGAAUCCUCAAGACUUUUAAGAGUAUGCUAGUUACAGAAUAGGUAUUUCUUUCUCUAAAGUUGGACACUGGAUAUCUGAAACAUACUAUGGAGCACCAGACAUGAAAUACUGAGUAGUAGAUUGGCUGUUCAAGAUAAAAAUAAGCCUUACCAUACUAGCAACUAUACUAUAAAAUCAGUAGGUUAGAAAAAGUGAGAUGUGUUAACAUAAUAAAUCAACCCUAAACAAAUAACCAUAGCCUCUUCCAAACAAUUUUUCAUCUUCUGUCCAUCUUACGCUGCUAGUCAACAAUUUUUAGGAAAACCACAACAUCAGGUCACUGGGUCUACCACAUCAAAACAGUAAAAUUUUAAAUUGAACACCAUCCAUUCAGUCAGCUACUGUACAUCCGAAUUAUCCUCUUCAUCCACAGGAACACCUACCUUCGAAGCAGCAUUCCUCCACUUUUGAUCUGCAAAGACCCCAACAUCUUCUGGUGAGAAGAAAACAAAAUAUCCAGCAAAUGACAAAUUAAGCUUUGCCUGGUGUAAGAAAGCAUGUGCCAAAACCCAUUUCACGUAGAUUCUUCUAGAGAUUCUGCAAAAACCAUUUAGUAGAAGGUAGAUGAUAACAAAAUAGAAUUUUGGUCCCUUCAUGUUGUGACCAUAUUUCUAUUUGAAAAAAUAUUAAGAUUGCAACGACAUGGCUUGGAUAUCUUAUAAGAAAACGUGCCCUUUACUGUGGUGUAACCAAUUGGAUUUGAAGGGAAAAUCUGUUUAAUUAAACAGGAAAAAUAUCCCAGAGCUUAUGCUCUGCUUUUUCCUCUGAAAUUAGAUUUAUAUUUUAAAUCCUGCAGUUGCAGUGCAAUUGUUAGAUGUGAAACUUGAAAGCUGUGGUGGCAGAUCAAGUUAGACAAGAAAUCUAGUUCCUAUCAUUUGCAAAGAGGUUGUCUCAAUUUUUUCUCAAAAGGGCUUGGAAUGUGUAGCCUAUUUAUUCAGCAUUUUGAAAAUUCAUUGGGACCAUUUAAACACAUGUUUGCUUAGCCCUUAAUUUGAUGCAGUUGCUAAACACUUUGCUGUUCACCCCUUGUGGGUUAUCUUAAAGACAGAACUCUCCCAACUUGGAUAGCAUAAAGAAGAAAAUGAUGACUGAAUUAUCUGAAAACAAUUUUGCUCAGCAGUCAUGGAUUGGGAGCAUUCACUAGCAUUAGGCUUAGACAUCUUAAUGCUUAGAUUUGUUUUGAGAUUUUGAAUUCCAGGUUCUGUAGUCAUCAGGGCUGGUUUCUUGAGGCUAACAUACUUUGGUUAUAAGUUUGAUUUGGGUUUUGUUUUUUUUGUUUUUGUUUUUUAAGCUUGCACUUCAGAAUUUUUAUGUGGGACAUUUAAGAAAAAUAAUCCAGUUUCAAGAAAAAUAAAUGCAAAUUUGUGUGAAAUCAUUUAAAAAGCCAAUUCUGUCAAAAUAAAGCAGAAGUAAUCAAGUGGCAAUCUGUCUGAAGACCAAUCAAAGUAUUUGAGAUAGGGAUCAGACUGGAAGGGAUCAAAAUACAUUAUCAAGCCCUGGACCUAUCAGUGUCUUUCAGCAAAUUAACCCAGCAUAAUCCUAGCCCUGCUAAGCCGCUGUCAAAACGGGUUCUUCAGAGGGCAUAGCUCUAAAAUGGCUCAUGCAAGUCAAUCAAGCCAUACAUUUUAAUGAAAGCUGCGGUAACACUGUGGGUUUUUAAUCAGUUUGGCACGAGGAAAAAAUGUUCCUGCAUGGAUUUGGUCACAAACAAGCCUUUAGAAUAAAUUUAUAAAUUAUGUUUCAAUUUCUGUACCCAGCUCUUUUGAAAGCAGGAUUUAUUACUUGCCCAACGGUUCUCAAGAAAUUAUUCCAGAAUUUUACACUUCAAAUAGAAAUCACUCAAGUUACCUCUAAAUUUUAUUUAAUAAUUAAUUUAUAGACAUUAAUUUUCAUAGUACAGAUAUCUUCAACUGAAAAGUUCCUCUAAUCUGUUUGUGGUAUCAUUCAGGCGUAUUCACUGCAUGUGAAUAUCAUCUGUGCCUUUUUUCGAACUAAGCAAUCAAUAAACACUUCUGCACUUAAAAGAAAUUAAAAUAUAGAUAAUCAGUCUGGUUGCUCCAGUGUGCAAUAGCUUAUGUUGGAAUUGAUCUUUCUUAAUUUGGUACCAAAGCUAGACGUAAAUAUUUUUGCCUCGGUAGGCUUGUUUUUUAGUGCAUGUUCAUGUGUUGAAUUAAAAUCUCAUUCCCCCCCCCUUCCACUUGAUAACAAUGUUGUCAAUUCUUUUUAACGCAUAGCUUCAGUUUACUUCAGUUAUUCUAGUUUCUGAGAACAUCUGCUUCAUCCUGUGUAAUGCCAUUAUGCUUCUCUAUAUUUCAGUGUGGUGUGGCACACAAUAGGUCCUAGAAGCUGCUAUGAUCUAACCCUUGAAUCUUAUGUUAGCUCUCAACUUCAUCAAUGCAGCCCUCCUUCCCUCCAGUAGGUCGUAAAUGAAAAUGGAAUUAAGUAGCAUACAAAGCUGAUCAUUAUGGAAUUCUGAUAUUUGGAUUUUAUUUAUUUGGGGUGUUUGUAAUUUUACAUACUGCUCUUAUAUCCCACUUGAAGAUGUGAAUUACUUUUGAAAAGGUGCUUUCUCACCUGGCAUUCCAACUCAGUGGUGUAACGUUGGAAAAUGUCGAUCACUUCUCCUACCUAGGCAAUUAUCUUUCCACAAUGGCCAACAUUGAUGCUGAAAUCCAGCAUCGCCUAAACUCUGCGAGUGCGGCUUUCUCCUGAUUGAAGUGCAGCGUGUUUGAGGACCAGGACAUUCGCAGGGAAACCAAAAUGCUUGUUUACAAAGCUAUUGUACUGCCAACAUGUACUGAGACAUGGACCACUUAUAAAUGCCAUCUCCAACUCCUCGAAAGAUUCCAUCAAUGGUGUCUCCAAAUUUUUUUUACACAUCACUUGGGAAGAUAGGCGAACUAAUAUCAGUGUACUGGAAGAAGCAAAGAUCACCAUUGUUGAAGCAAUGAUUCUUCAACAUCAACUUCGUUGGACUGGUCAUGUUGUGUGGAUGCCUGAUGAUCAUCUUCCAAAGCAACUACUCUAUUCCAAACUUUAAAAUGGAAAGCGUAAUGCUGGUGGUCAACAAAAGAGGUUUAAAGACUGUCUCAAGACAAAUCUAAAAAAAUGUAGUAUAAACACUGACAACUGGGAAACACUGGCCUGCGAGUGCUCCAGUUGGAGAACAGCCUUUACCAAAGGUGUCAUGGGCUUUGAAGACACUCAAACUCAGGACGCAAGGGAGAAACGUGCUAAGAGAAAGCACGCUUGGCAAAUCCACACUGUGAUCAACUCCUGCCCGGAAACCAAUGUCCCCACUGUGGAAGGACAUGUGGAUCCAGAAUUGGCCUCCAUAGUCACUUACGGACUCAUUGUUAAAACCGUGUUUAUGGAAGACAAUCUUACUCGGCUGCGAGUGAUUGCCAAAGAAGAAGAGAAGAUUCUUUUUGUGUUUUUAUGUGUACUUGCCACCAAAGACAUACUAACCACUCCAUAAAUAUAACUGCCUAGACGGCCUUUAUUCUUCUCAUAUAGCUUGGCUGUCAUUCUCUGUUCCUCCUUUAAGAUUUUUAAGAUUCUUUAUUGAGUCAAGAUGUCUCAGCUUCUAUUCUGUUCCACUUUAGGCAACUUUUUCAGAGUGAAAGCAUUCAGUGCUAUUCUUAAUAAGCACCAAAGUGAAGUAAUAUUCAGUUCAUCCUCCAAAGCUGGAUGAGUUGGAUGACUUGAAACAUGCCAUGAUCUUACAAGUGCUCCUAUUAUUAGCUUUUUCAUCUGGUGCUUUUGUAUGAUAAUCUCCCCCAUCCCACUAUACCCUUUCUGUGAUGCCUGAAUUAGGCUAAUUAUGUCAUAUGUGCUAACCACAAUUGCCUGAAAACCAUGUUUUCAUAACCCACAAAACUAUUGUUUCAAACCAUGGUUUAGAGGUUUGCUUGUUUUUGGAUUUCUUAGCAGAAAUCUUCGUGUAAGAAAUCAGGAAGUGAAUGAGGAAAUUGUCAUGGUGAGGGCAGGGAAUGUAGAAUGUAAUGUCCAGAGCGUGUUCACUGUUCAGUUUACCAAACUAUGGUUUGGAGGUUUUAAAUAAGACAUCUGAACUGGGCCACUUAGCAAUUUGGUCAUAGCCAAAUCGUUGGAAAUAGAUUUAAUUGGCACAAGGUUUGGGUGUUCCAGUGGCCCUUUUGCACUGUUGUCUUUAUGCUCUGUGCAAAACUGAUUCCACUUUUAAGGUUUUAAAAUAUUUCUUUUUACAGUACAUUACAUACCAUUCUCUGUGCAGAUGUCUUCUAUAUUUCUAUUUGCCUUCUGUCCGUCCCCCCACCCAAAGUCAUCUUUGAAAAUUUCCACAUUGCAUGAUAUGCUCUUUGUCAAUAAAUUUCUACACAUGAUCAGGGUACCAUUUAGGCUCCAUGUUCAGGCUCCAUGUAAUGAUUCUUUUACGGCAGCUAUCUUCCACUUUUUCAGACCCAGAAUCCACUUUUAGCACAAACAUGCCUUUGGGGACCCAUUUCUUAAUCUUACCUUAUAUUUGCAAGGUGGUAGUACUCCUGUUGUGACAUACUUUGCAUCAGGCUGCAGCCCACAAGUGGGUCCUGAAGACCAGUGUUCUAGAUUACCUAUAUUUCUGAUUGAUGUGAGAUAUCUAUAUAUCCCAAUGAAUAUUCUCACAUAUUCAUAUCCCAAUGAAUACUCACAACCAGCCUUUGAAUCUUGCACUUCCCCAUUGAAAUAAUUGGUCACUAGAGAUCUAAAACAAUGUCCCUAUUCUUAACCUGUUUUGUCCAACUUCUCUCACUAUUUUACUUCCUUAUCUUAUCAGAUCUCUCCCCCAUAACCAUAUACGACUACUCUUCUGGUUUAAAAUAUGUAAAAUUUGUUUGUCUUCCAAUGUGAGAUUAUUCUCAAUAACUCAUAAGAGUAAUGAGAUCCAACUUUCUCUAUUGUAGCCUAUAUGAUUAUUUAGAAAGCAGUUGAUUGGGCCAUGUUUGCAAUGGGUACACCAAGCCCAAUAUCCCAUAAUAGCUUAAGGCGUCCAAAACGUGCCUGUCUAAGAAUUGUCAGACAUAAUUCAAAUUAAGACCUCAAACUAUCACACAGGGGUGUUUUUUUGUUUGUUUGUUAAAUUGAAACUGUGCUCUGUCACUUUAUGAACACCUUUUAAGAAUAUUUUUAAUUAGCUGAAGUCUCCUACUAGCAGUGGUGACCUUGUACUCCAGUAAGCUGAGCUGAUUUUUUUUUUUUUUUGGUUGUAAUAUGUUUGAAGCAAAUUGCAUAGGGAAUCUAUUUCUGUACGCUCUAGAUCAUAAUACAUCUAGGGUGAUGCAGCUACAAACAGUAAUGGUGGAAUAAUCAACUGCAAUCUUUUCCAAGAUAAGCCAGUAUAUUUUCCUUAGGGAACUAGGAGAACUGUCAAUGUUUUAAUAUAGAAAAUAAACAAAUUAAAGCUCCAAACUUAAGUUUGUGCACAGGCCCUAAGUUGAUUUAGUCCAGUGAUGUUCCUUUUAAGUAGUAAGUAGCUCUCCCCUCACCCCCCCAGAACAACCUGUGUAAGAAAGCAGAGUGGGCAUUUUAAUGUGGAUUGUGUUUUAGGUAAGGAACAGUUCAUGUUUUCAGGAGGCAAACCAGAUAAUGCCUUGCUCAGGGACAAUAGGCAACACAUCUUCUCAUUGGCUCUGGCUAGCCUAGAUAGCACGUUCAGUCACAGAAUAAUGCUGUUGGAAGAGGCUGUAUCUACUCUGUGUGACAAUGGACAACAGCAGCCACAGUGUCUUUCUUUUACCAAGAAGCUUCUAAGUAGGAGCAGCUAAUCAAAAGCAGAAGCUUCCAGUCUUGUGCCUGUCCUUGUUAUGGUAAAUCAUGAGAUUAGCAUUAAGUGUAUUCCACUAGGUACUCAAUAAAUUGUUUUGGUGAGUUCCUGGGAAUGCAAAAAAAUCGGGGUGUUUAGGUGCUGGGGGGUCAUACUGCAUUGCUGUUGAGCUACUUUUCAUGCAACUGAGAUGCUGCUAAAAACUCUUACUGAUGGUUAGCUAUCGCUAACACCGCAAUGCAUUUUAAAACUGCUUAUCAAAGGCAACGUCAGUAUCAUGGUGGAAGCAUGGAGACUGUAAAUAUGAGGACAGGAACCUCCUAGUAAGCAGUUGUAAAUGCUUAACAGGACAGGGAUUGCUUGCCAUAGGAAGUGAGCCCCCCCCCCCCAUUAACUGUAUGAUGUUUCAUACAAAAUAAUUUUUCUUGGUACUUUAGAAAUUAUGCUUAUGUAUCUGUUAUAUUUGUAUGAGCAAAUAAUUUUGAAUACACUUUCUGACUGCUGUAGAGCAGGGUGGCCAAUUUUCUUGGGGAAGGGAGAGAGGGAGGGUUGCGCCAACUGAAUCACCCAUGUCCCUUCUUCAGCUGCACCAAAUUUCCCUAACAAUUUACUGUAUAACUUUAGACACAUCAGCUAAACGUUUUCACAGGCAGCCAACAUUUUGCAAGAACAAAACUUACAGUCAUAUCCAGAGUAUGUUAGUAGCACUUACAUGCCACUGACAUUAAUAUUGACUAAGUAAAGCUACACUGAUUUCAUUAGGAGCUAAGUUCAGCAAACUCAUAAUAUAGAGCAUUCUGUACUGAAUCUUGUAGAAAUGUCCUGAAUAGCACAGCUGUCUAUAAGGCAGGAUCACAGUAGUUUUGGCUGUUCAAAGAAUGAUGUGGAAAACCUGGAUACCAGCACAGAGAUUGUUUCCAAGUCUCCUUAAUCAUGAUGGUCAGUUUACUUUCCAUGGAAGGAGAGAGCAGGAAUUCCUCAAUGCAUGGAAGGUUUCUUCCCUGAAAGCCAGACCCAACAUUGUUUCUAGUGAGUCUUCAGCAGAUGCAGCAAGUGCUUCCUGUCUUUUCAUGAGGACUUGACUUUUUCUACCUCAACGAAGGCUUUAUUUCUUAGUUCCAAUCCUCCUGAGAUUGGACAUUUGCUUACAUAGUGUUCCUGCAUGCCUGAGGUCCAUACACCACUCGGGUAAUGUCGAACAGUAAUGGGUAAUGUCGAACAGUAAUGUAUUUACACUUGCCUUUGUCUCAUAGGUUCUUCUGCAAUGAAUUUUUUUCAGAGGCUUGGUUAUUCUUAAGAGAGAGUUUUAACAUUUGCUUCUUCAGUUGCCAGCAGGUGGUUUGAUUUAUAUUAAAGCUGCACAUAUUACUAAAUGCACUGUGAAUGAAUCUGACAGAAUGCUGCUGGCUGCUUUCGGCUUCAGGCGGGUGCUUGACAUAUGCAAAACAUUGGUGCUGCUUCAUGGAACCUUUGUAUGUUUUCUUUCUUCUUUCCUGUGCCCUAGGCUAUUGUGGAGCCGACAUAAAAGCACUUUGCACUGAGGCUGCCUUGAUUGCCCUGCGACGGCGCUAUCCUCAGAUCUACGUCAGUAGCCAGAAACUGCAGCUAGACGUUUCUUCAAUAGUUCUCAGCGCACAAGAUUUUUACCAUGCAAUGCAGAAUAUUGUGCCUGCCUCUCAACGUGCCGUAAUGUCGUCAGGGCAUGCACUAUCUCCCAUCAUAAGGCCACUUUUGGAAAGAACCUUCAAUGACAUUCUGGCAAUUUUACAUAAAGUGUUUCCUCAUGCAGAGUUCAGCCAGGCUGACAAAAGAGAAGGUAUUUCCAUCUUUUCACUCCAAUCAGUUUUGUAUCAGAUUAGAAAACAAAACAACAACAGUUUUAAAGUAAUGUUUUGAUGGGGCAUUAUAUUAAGUGUAUUCUUGCGAAAGGUUUCAUUUCCUCCCUUUUAAUUACAGCUUCCUUUUAUCUUGGCCAAAAUCUAUUUUAAGCACCUGUUUCAUAACUUUUGAGGGAGAUGUCAGGUAUUAAUCGGCCUUUAAUUUUCAUUGAACAGAUGCGACUAGUCUAAUUUUGGACGAUAGUGAAGAUGAGCAUGCUUCAUCAAUAUUUGAGACAAGUUGCCAGUCGGGAUCACCAAAGAAACAUUUAUCAGCUGCUGUACACAAACCUUACCUUCAUUUUACAAUGUGAGUAGAUGUUCUGAUAACUUUAUCAUCAAGACUUACACAGGAAUAGCUGCUUGUAGUGCCUGCAUAAGUUUGUGAUUUGUGGUACUACUCUGGUAUAGUCUUAGGUUUGCUCUGGUGUAUUCUUACCCUAAACCUUUCUUCUAGAGAGAUUUAUAGAAUCAAGCAAUAAAGAUUCUUUGUUUAUGUUUGCUUCUCUUGCCAUCCUGCCGCCACCCAUUUCCCUACACCUGAUAAACCCCCUCUGCUAAGCUGACUUAACUCCCUGCUAGAGAGUCGGGCAUGCUAAUUGCAGGUGUGUUGCUAUAAUUCAUUCAACUUGCUCACUAGGAAGCGUUUAACAGUACUCAGUGAAUAGCAAAUAUAAAAAUAUAUGGUAAAAACAGAUCCGGUCUAAAAAAAAUUAAAAUGUUAACUUUUGUUUCAGGUCAGCUUACCAUCAGCCCACCUCUUACCGGCCAAGAUUACUGCUUUCUGGAGAGAGGGAUUCAGGUCAGACUUCGCACCUUGCUCCAGCACUUUUGCACUCGCUCGAAAAAAUUGCUGUGCACAGAUUAGAUCUGCCAGCACUUUAUUCAGUCAGUGCCAAAACACCUGAAGAAUCAUGUGCGCAGGUUAGUCUGCCUUUAUAUCCCUUUUGACCUUUGACGCAACAUGUCGCACGCAGAAAGUUUCCCAUCAGCUUUCAGUGAAAUAAAUGUCAAUAAGGAAUCCCUCUUUGCAAACAUACCAUGUGGAUGGGAAAUUUUAAGUGUUCCUAGAGACACAGAUAGGGGUUUCUGUGUGAAGCAGAAGCCUCAGUUAAAGCUGUGUCAGACAACUAAAAGGGAAUCCUGUACCCAUCUCCCUUUCUACCAAGUCCACAGAAUUAAACGGCAAUGAAAUCUUAAGGUGCCACAAUACACUUCUGCUGAAGCAAAAAGCGUCACUGCCAGAGCUAUGCAUGCUUCUUCUCUGGUCUGAGACAAAGCAUUUCCAGUCACCCAACUGUCAGAAAGAGACUGAGCUUGGUGGAAUUUGUUAAAAAUGUUUAAGAUUGCUGUCAGUUUAUCUUGAAUGGUGAGAUCGCUACGUCACUUGCAGGGUGAGAAACUUUUUAAGCUUCAGGGCUGCCUUUCUUCUUGGUUCAACCACCCACCCUUCUUUUUACAGACUUGUAGAAAGCAUUUUAGCUUUGGCACCAACAAGAGGUAUUUUCAGUCCUAAAACCUGGGAGGGAGAAUUCUGUGGGUUGAGUGGGGAGGGCUGUCAGUUCCCUAUUCCCAGACCGCUGGGUUCUCUUUUAACUUACCUGUUGAGGUUGGAUUAAAUCUCAGCUUUGCAGAAACUAACAAUAUCUUCUAUAAAAACACUUCAGAAAACCUUCAGCUUCUCUAAAUGUUCUUUAUUUUUAGGCUGCACAUGUAAGCUCUGUCAUAGCAUUCUCUGAGCCAAAGCCACGGCUGUACAUGGAAUAUUUAAUAUUAUUGGGGAGAGAAUUGGCAAUUGUUAAGUCCAAAGACUUCAUUGUUAACUGUCAUCUAUAAUCACAACCCUGCUAUCUCAUAUCCAUUUAAAGUAUAGGAAAAACACAGAAUGAUAUGUUAUGGAGACGAUUUUGAAACAUGCCGCCAUGCUAUGUCUGAAGUUAUUGGCAAGAUGCAGAACGACCAUUAAUUUCAGUUUAGUUAAGCGGCGGCAUUUCAGAAUUGAGAGAAAGCAAUGUUUGAGAAUAUUAUACCAGUAAAUAAUAAUAAUAAUCAGAAGAAGCAAUUAAAAAAGUGCUGUUUAAUGUUCUUAUGCAAGUUAGUGAUUUUUGUGAUGAUAGAUGAUUAGAACAAUGCUUUGAAGUUUUACUAAGACAAGACCGAGAUAAUUUGGAGCCUUAACGUGAAUGCAUAUGGAAAAUAGCUAUUUACAUCUAACCUUUAAGAAAGAUACAGUUGAAAAUACUACAUUCUUAAAUGUAGUAUGUGCCUAAAAUACAAAUAAUUUUUUAAAAAUUAUUUUCUUAAUAUCAUUUUAACAUUGGUAUUCUCUUAAAUUAGAUCUUUCGUGAAGCAAGAAGAACACUACCGAGUAUUGUUUACAUGCCUCAUAUUGGCGAUUGGUGGGAAGCUGUCAGUGAAACUGUGAGAGCUACUUUUCUAACUUUGCUGCAAGACAUACCAUCAUUCUCACCUAUAUUUCUACUCUCUACCUCUGAAACCAUGUAUAGUGAAUUGCCUGAAGAGGUGAGCAUGGCGUGAUUUCUUGAGAAGUGGAAUCAUUGUAGGGAAGAGUGAACCUGAAUCAGAGAGGGACUUGAAAUGUGCAUGUAGGGAUGUCCACUUGGAGGGAAACUUCUACCCCAAUGCUGAAGCAUCUUUUUAUUCCUGAGGGUGUUUAACAAACCACUUGUACUGUGGCAAGAAUGGGGGACUGCGUGUUAGUAAGAAACUUGAUUGUAUGUAUCGUUAGAUUGGGAUAAUGUUGCUUACUAACGUAAAUCAAACUUUGGAAGCUGGCAUUGCAAAAUUAAUUUUGUCUAGGUGGUGGUACCGCUGACGACGACACUUUAGAAAAAUACCCUAAAACAAGAAAGCAAAUGUUUCCCGUUCUAAUUUGGAGCUUCUGUCCAAUGUUCUUUUCUUGCCCUGACACUGCCUUAUUUGGUCCGCUAGGCUCAAGCCCCCCCCCCCCCCCCCCGUGAUUGUCAGACUAGCUGUUUUUGUUAAAUGCUAUUGAAACAAUGCUGUUUUUGAUCCUAGUGUGUGCUUUUCUUCCCUGCUGAGGAUGUAACCAAUUACUAGCUUUUGCUAGGACCAAACCAAAUUGGCAUGUGCAAUUUAGCUACCCCAUUUUCAGGCAGUAAAAUUAUGAGGGUCAUUUUGUCUAUUUUACGUAGUGGGAGGGGGUGGUGUAGUAAAAUUUGCUUAUUUUGUUCGAUUAAGUAGCUCGAUGAGAUUUUCAGCUGCCUAAUUCUCAUUGAUUUUAUGUAGGUGAAAUGUAUCUUUAAAAUCCAGUAUGAAGAGGUUUUUUAUAUUCAGAGACCUAGUGAAGAAGACAGGCGCAAAUUUUUCCAAGAACUUGUCCUCAAUCAAGUAUCUAUGCCUCCUCCAAGAAGGAAACAAAUUGGUAAGUUAAUUCUCUGUAAAGUCCAGAAUGCAUGUAAUUUUCCACCUGAAAGCAGCACUACUUGUGUUCAUUUUGAAAUAAGAUUAGAAAUAGCAGUCGGUGGUGGUGACAGUACAUAGGAUUGAUAUCUGCAUCCACACCAUGGUGUUACGUGUUUAUUGAAUGAUGUGGAAUUAAGGAUGGGCAGUGAAGUGGCUAAGUUUGCAUAUGACACCAAAGUAUUCAGGUUGGUGAAAAUCCAAGAUUGUGAAGAGCUCUAAAAGCAAAGUAACAAAUGGAAUGAAAUGGGCAACAAACUGGCAGAUGAAGCCCAAUGUAAAUAAAUGUCAAGUGAUGCACAUUUGAGAAAAUAAAAUCUUAACUUCCCAUGUACACUGAUAGGGUCUUGACCUUGCAGUGACACCAGGAACUCUUGGGAGUUGUGUUGGAUAGCUGUGGAAAGCAUGUCUUCAGCGUGUGGCAGCUGUGAAAAAGGAAUGCCACAGUAGGAAUUAUUACAGAAGACAUAGACAAUAAAAAUUCUGGUGCUGUGAUGCCCCUGUACAGUGGUACCUUGGGUUACAUACGCUUCAGGUUACAUACGCUUCAGGUUACAGACUCUGCUAACCCAGAAAUAGUACCUCGGGUUAAGAAUUUUGCUUCAGGAUGAGAACAGAAAUCAUGCUCCGGCGGCACAGCGGCAGCAGGAGGCCCCAUUAGCUAAAGUGGUGCUUCAGGUUAAGAACAGUUUCAGGUUAAGAACGGACCUCUGGAACGAAUUAAGUACUUAAUCUGAGGUACCACUGUAUUAGUAUAGAGUGCAGCCUUAUUUCUAACACUAAACCAAAAACAAACCCCAUGGCUAAAUGGUCGCAUACCUUAGCUUUUCCCGAUAUUUGUAACGCUAUGCAGUUUUGAUCACCCCAGCUCCAAAAUGGUAUUGUAGAGCUGGAAAAGGUGCAGGAAGAGCAACCACAAUUAACAGGAGGCUGGAGCCACUCUUCUACAAGAAAGGGGGGGGGGGUAAAGAAGGGUGGCUUUUUUUAGUUUGGGGGGAAAAGACAGAAUUGCUUGAGCAGGCCAGUUCCACCACACUCCCUCAGCUCCAUUUUUUCUCUCGGCUAUUACCUCAACAUGCAUUCUACAGGCUGGUUGGUUUCCCGAACGUGUUAGAAUUAAAGGCAAUAAAUGGACUGAAUAGGCUGCCAGAAUAGCAUCUCAGUAUGCCAACGAGCACCCAUUUAUAUAUUUUUAUAACAGUCCUCAUAUCUAAACGGAUUGUAAAAUUGUUGAGAGUUGUGGGAUAGCCAUAUUCAAAGCAGUAAAGACUUUAAAACAGAUAGCAGCUUUGAGAGAAAGAAGGCAGCAUGAACUGAGCAGAAAUUUAGAGAGCUGCCUGAAACAGCACCCAAUCACUAGAUUCUGCCAGUGUGGUCUUGGAUUUUCCUGCACCAGAAACUUUUUUACUCCUACCCCCAUAGCCUGCUUAUAGACUCUUCUAGAAGAUUGCCUGUAUGUAAAUCUUAAGGGGGAAAGACAGACAGUUUUUGUAGUGGCUUCAGAUUAAUUAGGGUUUGGGAUUUGGAACAUUUUCUUUGGCACUGAAAGGAAACCCAUCUUUUGGUGGAGACGACUUACAACUUGGCAGGCAUUAGUUGUGCUUUCCUAUAGACUGAAGGAGCCAAAAAUAUCUCUGGCUAUAACUUUCUGAUAGCUGUGAUAGAAGGCCAUGCAGGAUCUUGAGAUUCCUGCCACCCUGUCUCUUGUCAACCCCUCUUAUUGAGGGAAAGGUGUCUGGUGCUGAGCAGGCUGUCGUUGUUCGCAGUAAUGGUAAAGUCUCCACAAUAUGGUUACUUCAGUUUGGUGUGCGGAGCUGAGAUAAGGAGUGCAGAGUUCUUGGCAUUAUCAAGUCUGAUAAGGGUAAAAAGUAGGAAAUUCACUGUGUCGUGUGAAAUUUUCCAAGGAUGUAAUCUGAAAAGCCUAUUUUGCCUGACUUUUUGAUUAUUCUUCUUUUUAAAGCUCUUUCUGAUAUGGAGGUGCUUCCUCUUGCACUACCAUUUUCUACUCGCCAGCUGUCAGAGGCAGAAAAGCAGCGAAUGGAGGACCAGGAAGAAAACACACUGAGAGAACUGCGAUUGUUUCUCCGGGAUGUUACCAAGAGAUUGGCCACAGACAAGCGCUUUAACAUCUUCAGCAAACCGGUGGAUAUUGAAGAGGUCUUGUUUCAGUAACGUGCAAACAAUGAAGUUGACCUUAUUAGUGAUUAAUUAAGAAUACAUAUAUUAGUUGUUAUUGCAGAUAUCCCUGAUCUAACCUGUUUUGCAUAUUUACAGCAAUUGUGGCUUAAUUUUAACAUUUGAAGCCACUGCUAACUUAUUUUGGCAAGAAUGCUAACCUAUAGAAUACUGUAUUGUUCGAGCUGCUUCCAUUCUGUAGCCAAAAUUUAUUUGUUCACAGGAAGCAGAUGUAAACUGUUUUAUCUGGAGUAACACCACGUAGCCAAUGGGGAUGUUGAAAGAAAUUUAUUGAAUUGUAAUUUCUCUUCCAGAAUAUUUCACAAAUUAAACUAUCAUCUCUCUCCCCUUGCCUGUUUCUGGCCAAAGUGAAAAUUGAAAAUUUAUAAAUCUGUAAUGACACCAUUUGAUCUGACAACUUGUAGUCAACUACAAAUAUAGUUUUAUAAAAAAUAAGACUGAAUUUGGCGACUUAAGUUUGAGUCACUGUUAAAUUUUCUGGGCUUUGCCUUUAGAGUAAAAAAAAAAAGUUUAAUGUUCUGUAUAAAAUUAAGCAGUGAAUGGCAAAGCUGCAUAAACAAGUAAUCUUGUUUACUAGAAAAUCACUUUUAGUUCAUGUUUACAAGCAAAUUUGUGACAUUCUGUCCGAUUUUCGGUCAACUUCAAAGCUCAAUUUUGCACAGAUAACUUAAGAAAUAGCCAUUUGUGGUGAUGUGCUUAUAAAAAUGUAAUUUGCAUUGUGCUAGCAAUUGGGGGCUUGAUAGUUCAAGGAAUAGCUCUAUCAAAGGUGCGCUCUAUCAGAUGGUCUGCGUGCGAUCAGUUCAGACUGUUUGGAAGGAAAUGCUUGCUUUUUGUUCAUUCUGCAAUUUCCUCCUCCAGUAGCUCACUGGGUGGAAAGAAGAGAGCCUGGAAAGAGAAAAAGAGGGGACAGAAGUACAUGAGAGUGGCCCCAUCCGCAGUUGUUAUGAGACCAUGACAGAUUACCAAGGGAAUGUGGCCGUUAAAAAGAAUGGUGGCCCAUCCCUAGUCAAAAAAGUGCUGUGGAAGAGUAAAUUACUGGCUCCAUUUUGCAAAUUUGUAAUUGGACCACUGGUUAGGUUUCUGAGUGGUAUCAGCUCAGUCUACAGUGGCAGCUAUACUAUUUAAUAUGAAAACACAGCCCCCAAUCUAGACUAAGAGCAGUGAAUAAUGAUAUAAAUUUAUAGAGUGAGAUCUAAUGUUGUGCCAGCAGGCAUGAUGAUAGAACUUACGCUCCCUCUUUUCAAAAUCAAAGCUCCUUGGCCCUAUCUUUUGUUUUGGAGGGUUCCCCAACUCUCCACAACAGAUUCUGAAUGCAUGCAGGAGACUACAGGGGAGAGGGAAAAAAGGGUCAAGUCCUAUUUGUGCAAGGGGCGGCGGUCGGGGGCGGGGGACACACACACACCACAGUUAAAUAUUGGUCUUUCUGUGCAUUUGCUGUUUUCGAAUACUACCUGAAAUGUUCCAAGGUUCAAAAUAGAUUCCUGUGUUGAGCCCUAGCUCAAAUCAAGACCUGGUCAUCACUUUAGCCAUUAGAUUUUUAAAAUUCUGUAUAUGUAACCAGUUUAUUUCUUGUACUUAAGAGGUAUUUUCUACAAUACAUUUUUAACAUUACAUGAGCACUAUUGCAAGUCAGUCCUGUCUAAAAAUGUAAACUGACGAGUUUACUGAUUUAUUUGAAAAUGUAAAAAAUAGAAAAUAGUUGAUUCAUGGGCAUGAAGCUGGUCCAAGAAAAGACAAAAAGCUGUGCUCAGAGGGGGACUUUCAGACAGGGAGGAAGGGACCAGUAGAAUUCCUCAGGGACAUUUUAAAAGUGAUCCAGAGAUUCACAAAUGCACUUUGCAGCAUGAUUGUAGUUUUUAUUCCAGGGUGCACAUUUGUAGCGCCUGUCCCAGCCUAAAGUGAGAGACAGGCAGGGUCUUGUUUCCCACAUUGCACAGGCUUUGAUAUGGGCAUUCAGAAGUAAUGGAACAGUACUGAGGCUUCAGAACUUUGUCCAGACCUCCGUGCAACUGCAGGGACAAACCUCAGCCCUUUUCCCCAGUGGUGGGAGCUCAUUCCUUUGACUGCAUGGAGCUCCAGAGGUAUGCCAAAGAACUACAGCAUUUUAAAAAAUUAUUUUAUUCCAUGAUUGCGGUUCACCUGCUGUAAAGGCCUCCUCUCAGGUGAGGAUUACAUACUGUGCCCUAUUUGAUAGGGGCACCUGUAGAAGGGCCUCCGAUGCCUGGGUAGCUAUUUUUAGGCAAUUGGACCUCCAAGCAAUUUCGGGCUUUGAAUCUGUUUCAUCUCAUCUCAUUUCCUCAAAUAUUAAAUGCCCAUCAAAUGUAAAAUCUAUAUUGGGCUCUUCUUUUCAUGGGAUGGGGCAACUCCCCUAUGACAAAAGGUCACAGCAUUGGAGCUUUUUUGGUUUAGAGCAGGCUUCCUCACCCUCAGCCCUCCAGAUGUUUUUUGGCCUACAACUCCCAUGAUCCCUAGCUAGCAGGACCAGUGGUCAGGGAUGAUGGGUAUUGUAGUUUCAAAAAUAUCUGGAGGGCCGAGGUUGAGGAAGCCUGGCUUAGAGUAAAGGCAAGUAAGUCAUGAUAGAAGCAUACAUAAUUUAUUCCCAGCAUGAAGAAAGUGGAUGGAUAAAAGUUUUUGUCCCUCUCUCGUAACACUGGAACUCAUGAACAUCUAUUUAAGCUGAGUGGUGCAAGACUCAGGACAGAUGGAUGCAGUAAUGAUUCUGAAUACCAGUUGCUGAAAAUGGCAAGAGGGGAAAGGUGCUCUUGUGCCUGGGCGUCUGGUUGGCCGCUUUGAGAACAGGAAGUUAGACAAGACAGGCCAUUGGCAUCAAACAAUGUUCUUAUGAUUCUGACUGCAGGAACUUUCUAGUAGUUGUGUAUGUCUUGGAAGCAGAUGUGUGAAUAAGGCCUUCUUCAUUGUGUUUGAAAGGUGCUGCACUUUUCUCUCUCUCUACAGAAUACAGUGGUACCUCAGGUUACAUACGCUUCAGGUUACAUAGGCUUCAGGUUACAGACUCCACUAACCCAGAAAUAGUGCUUCAGGUUGAGAACAGAAAUUGUGUUCCAGCGGCGUGGCGGCAGCAGGAGGCCCCAUUAGCUAAAGCGGUGCUUCAGGUUAAGAACAGUUUCAGGUUAAGAACGGACCUCCGGAACGAAUUAAGUACUUAACCCGAGGUACCACUGUAUUUAAAAAUGAAAAUUACUUACAUAUACAGAACAAAAGAGCUUUGAUAGGAGUUUUCCUUGCCAGGUAAAAAUCAGAGUGAUGAACCUUGGGGUGAAAAAAUGUUGUUCCAGCAUUAUUUCUUAUCAUGGUUUCAACUGUUUAGAAUUACUGUGUUCGAAAACAAAAUGAUAGUGCUGAGUAUGUUAAAGUUAGCAUAAAUCUCUGUGUCACUUUUGUGUCACUCUGUGUCACUGUUUGAUUAUAGGUUUCAGAUUACCUUGAAGUUAUCAGAGAGCCGAUGGACCUGUCUACAGUAAUAAGUAAAAUUGAUAAGCACAAUUAUUUAACUGCAAAGGAUUUCCUAAUAGACAUAGAUCUCAUAUGCAGCAAUGCAUUGGAAUAUAAUCCUGACAAAGAUCCUGGGGGUAAGGAUUUUUUUAAAAAAACAACUUAAACAUGACAUCACAUUUAAUUGUGUAUUCAGUUGCAGUUCAACUAUUUGUAUAAGCUGUGUCUUAUACAAAUUGGUUAAAAGCUAACAUUACUCAAUAUUAGUUACUGACUGAAUGAAUGCUAAAGCAGCAUAGUCUUUAACUUUCCUGGCUACCUUCACUAAAACAGCUUUCUAUCCUGUGUGAUUUUGUUAUUGCCCUACCAUUGCACUAUACUGCUGGUAUGGCAAUUAGGUGUAGGAUAAAAGUCAAUUAUCAGACCAAAGUUAAGCAAAUAUCAAAUUUCAUUUGUACUAAAGGUUUUAAAGCACAGCUGCUGUUGUAAUGCUAUUUCUAAGGAGGUAGGUGUAGGGAGGUCUUAAGGCACUCAUCUGUUUUUGCUUUUAAAACUGUUGGUGCUUUCGCAAGCAAUUUCUGUUAUGGCGUGGAGUCUUACUGUUUAAAGAGAAAAGUAAAAAAAUUCAAUGAGCUCACCUAACUUCUUUGCCAUGCCUAAAGAAGCAUUUGGAUCUCAAUAUGUAUUUAUUUAAAAGCUACAUCUGAUUGAUUUUGUUGGGAACCUAAAUGUGUAGGAAUGCAGACAUAAUAUUUAAACCCAGGUAUUCUAAAGUAAAGUGUUUAUUAGCCAAAUUGGAAGCUGGAAGUAUGGAUUUUUUAAAACAAAAAGCUUUCAAGACAAAGCUGAUAGAACUGAUACAUACAUACAUAGACACGUGAAGUCUUUAUAAAUCAGACCUGCACAGCUUAUGACCCACCGGUGUGAAGGUACCAUGUAUUUUGAUCUUCCAGUUUUACAGAAAACAGUUCUUCACUGGCAGUCGAGUAGCAUAAUGAAGAUAUUCAGCUUAGAGUGCAAGUUGUGCAAGCAUGAUACAUCUCAGUAUGCCUGCUAAGCAGCACUAAUGUUAAGUCUUAGAAGGCUGAUUAAAACAUAUUUGUUCCACAUUUGAUUACUUAUAUGGAUAUUAUUUAUUUUAUGGCUCUUAAUUUAACUCUGAGCUGUUUUAAAAAUUGUUUUCUCUUUUAUUUCUGUCAUUGUCUUCAGUGGUCCUGUUGCACAAAGACGAUAAAUAAAGAAAUAAAUUAGAUGUUUUUGAUUGUUAAAAAUGAAAUUUACGUUGAUUUUCCAGAUAAAAUCAUUAGGCACCGAGCCUGUACUCUGAAGGACACUGCACAUGCUAUCAUUGCUGCUGAGCUUGAUCCAGAGUUCAAUAAAAUGUGUGAAGAAGUAAAGGAAGCAAGAAAAAAGAGAGGUAUUCUUAUAAUUUUUUAAAAAAUACAUUGACUAUUUAUGAUACACAAUACACAAAUGGCACUUGAAUUCUUGAUCAAUAAAUGCACAGUCUCUAAGAAACCAAUUAUCACCAGAAAAAAAUCUGAUGAAAUGUUGCAUUUCAAGGUUCACGUUAUUUAGAUUUAGAUUCUUUAAGUCCAGUUUGAAAGUUUUGGGGCCAGUUCAAGAAACUUUUUAUUAACCCACUUUUAGUAGCUCAUAACCACAUUUUUAGUAUUCAUCUUCCUCAGAUAGUUGUCAAGAAAAAUAAUGAUAAAAGUGUUGUAAAAUGUCUUGUGUACUGUAAAUUCUAUAGAAAUUAGAAUUCAAAGGAAUAAGUAAAUACGGAAAGUAAAACCAUUUUGCAUCGAUUUUUAAAAUCAGAAUUGAGUACCGUGUAUAAGACUAGGUUUUUUUCCUAAAAAAUAAUGUCAAAAAUUGGGGGCGUCUUAUACACAGAUGCAUCACCCUCCAUUUUUUAAAAUCGGAGCCCCCCAAAAUAGGGGGCGUCUUAUACAUGGAGGCGUCUUAUAGAUGGAAAAAUACGGUAUGUUAGGAACCUUGCAGAGUUAAGUAGUUAGCAAUGCAAACUUCUCCACAUUUAUUCAGAGCAAAGUGUUUGAAUCUAACCUUUACCAUAGAAUCACUUGAUGGACCUAGAGGCAAUCUAUUUUUCCCUUCCGCCACAGCCCCCUAUCUGCAUGACAUGGUUAAUAAUACUGACCAAUAAUACAAUCACUACAGGGUGAUUGUAAGGCUUGCAACAUAUAAUGGUUGUGUUUGGACUUCAGGCUGUUCCAUAGGAAUGAGCAGCAGCAAGCCUCAGAUUCACAUGAACCCACCUGCUGUGCUGCCAGGAGUUCAGAAAUUUUGAGGUCGGGUUGUUUGAAACCAACCAUUGUUUGCAUGACAUGUGAAACCACAGUGAAGAAAAAGCAAAAGCAAAAUAACUCAUCACAGUCAUGCGGGGAAAGAGGCAAAUAAGAAACCUUGUUCAAGCCCAAAGGCAUGUUGCUGUUCAUUCCUACUCUCAUACACGUCACACUAAACUAAGGUUUGGCAUGAUGUGUGAAGGUGGUUCAUUUUUAUGAUGAGCUAUGAACACUCUUCAAGCAGUGAUUCUCAAUUAGCUAAGUACUGGGCAACCUCAGGUUUUUCAAAAGCCAAGCCAUGGACCCUCUACUUUUGAAAAUUUUGAUAUCUCUAUGGUAGUUUUUAUUAUGUGAAUGGUGCCACUGACCCCCUGGGGUCGGCAGGCCACCAGUUGGGAAGCCCUAUAUAAAUGCUAAGUAGUAUUUUCUUUGAAACAGAGAAGUUUGAACUUUCAGGUUUCAUACUGUGGGUCUCAUACAUUCCGUUGUUGGGGGAAAAGCAAAUAUUCUUGAUGUAGAUGUUUGGGAGUAUCUGGUGAAAUUAAUUUAAUCACCGAAAGUUUUUAAUGUUAUACUUUAUUCCAGACUGCUUUUAAUAACUCGGGCAGUUAAUACUGCUGGGAUUAUUAAAAUAGGUAUGCUUAUCUUCUGUACACAGGCUUAUCAGUAACGGCAGACCAAAUAAAUCCUCAUGGUUCCACUGUACAGAAAACAGAAACGAGAAUUGAGGAGGCAUUCCAGAACAGGCAAAAAAAUGCAAUGUCAGUUUGGCACAACUCUGCAAAUAAAUGUGCAUGUGAGUAUUUCAGACCAUUUUAUCCAGGCGCUAAGCAUAGCUCUAAACAAGAUGAGUAUAUAUCUGGCACACAUCUCCUAUUACAUUUUUUUUAAAAAAACGAAGUGUUCACCUAAUUGCUAUUACUACUUCAGCUAGUUUUUAUAAGAUAGCCAGAAUAGUACUCAUCCGUUGAGUUAGGUGUCAAUUUACUAAAAUUCCUUAUGAGAGUGGAUUGGAAGAAGGUUCGACUGAAAUAGUUUUUCACUGAACAAUUUCCGAUAUUAGAAUUAGUAUGAAAAAUACUUUUUAAAGAAGCAUGCUGUCCUGGUCUGGUAGUUAGUGUGGAUGGAAUCCAGUUGGUAUCCUUGCACUUAUGGGAAGGCUUUUGAGCUAGCAGAGGCAUCCUCUAUUGCAAGAGGAUGGCCAAACUUGGCCCUCCAGCUGUUUUUGGACUACAACUCCCAUCAUCCCUAGCUAACAGGACCAAUGGUAAGGGAUGAUGGGAAUUGUAGUCCCAAAACUGAUGGACAGCCAAGUUUGGCCAUCACUGCUCUAAUGGAAGAGGAUGGGAGGCAACUUUUGACGAUUUCCCCCACAGCCUCCCAUGACACCCGUUCUCUAAUAUCAUCAUCAUCAUCAUCAUCUCCUCUCCCCUCCCCAGAUCCAGUAGGAGUUGCCCAUUCAGUGUAGUGGGUCCAGUUCAUAGAACCAUAGAACUGUGUCAUUGGAAGGGACCAUGAGGAUCAUCUAGCCCAACCCCCUGCAGUGCAGGAAUCUUUUGCCCAACAUGGGCCUUGAAUCCAUGACCUAGUGGUUAAGAGUUUUAUGCUCUACCAAUUGAGCGUGCAUUUCUAACGGAGCUCCCAUUAGAAAUCAGGCAGGCAAAGUCCCUGCUAAGUUUCAGACAUCAGGUUAAAACGGAUGUAUUUUAGGAGACCUUUUGCACCAUGUUCUGAUCUCUGAUGUUUUAAUCUGUGUUUUAAAUUUUGUAUAUUGUGUGAUUUAAUGGGACAUAAGGGUGAAAAUAGGGACGCGGGUGGCACUGUGGGUUAAACCACAGAGCCUAGGACUUGCCGAUCAGAAGGUCAGCGGUUUGAAUCCCCGCGAUGGGGUGAGCUCCCGUUGCUCGGUCCCUGCUCCUGCCAACCUAGCAGUUUGAAAGCACGUCAAAGUGCAAGUAGAUAAAUAGGUACCGCUCCAGCGGGAAGGUAAACUGCGUUUCCUUGUGCUUCUCUGGUUCGUCAGAAGCGGCUUAGUCAUGCUGGCCACAUGACCCAGAAGCUGUACGCCAGCUCCCUCAGCCAAUAAAGCGAGAUGAGCACCGCAACCCCAGAGUCGGCCACAACUGGACCUAAUGGUCAGGGGUCCCUUUACCUUUACCUUUAAGGGUGAAAAUGGUAGUGUGUAAAUUCCUUAAAAUAAAAACAAAACAAAGGUCUAGAGCCGAAAAUGGGAGCUUCUGGAGAGAACCAAAGCUCUCUCUCAUAAUAAAAUUUCUUCAGUGGAUUCCCUUGGUAUAAAAGCCAUACUUAAGCCUAGACCAAAGACGACCUGUUGGACAUAUAACCAUGUUGCGCUAGAAUAUAGCCCUGUAAAAAGAGGGAUGAGGGUGCAUGGAUGUUUGUGUCUGUGGCCAGUUUGCCUUGCAAACCGUUGUAAAAUGAAUCAAAGACUGUGGUCGCAUUUGACACACACGGAGGUGUUUUUACACAGGAAAGGCAGCAUUGCCUGCACAUAUUUUGAGAAUAGAACAUGUUGAAAAUGAACUUUUUAAAACAUGGGAUUGUUCCUUGCUGUUGCCAGUAGAUGGUGUCAAAAGCACAUUGUUUUGCAUCUUUAAAUGGGUUACUUGAUAGCUGUAUUCAGUAGCUGUCUCUGGCAAAGAUAGUUGUUGAACUAUUACUUGAACAUGCAUUGUUCUAUUAAAUUAUUGAAGCACAGUGACCAAAAAUUGUACUAUUUAUGUUAAGGCCUGCAGAAUUGUGUUGCAAGAAAUAAGACAUGCUCCUAGUUUUCUCCUUAGGGAGGCUUAAUUCUCUCAGGAGCAGUGAAUACCUAGUGUGAGAGAACAACAAGGGUCUACAGAACAUUACAGUGGUACCUGGGGUUACAUACGCUUCAGGUUACAUGCACUUUAGGUUACACAAUCCGCUAACCCAGAAAUAGUACCUUGGGUUAAGAACUUUGCUUCAGGAUGAGAACAGAAAUCGUGCUCCAGCGGCGUGGCGGCAGUGGGAGGCCCCAUUAGUUAAAGUGGUGCUUCAGGUUAAGAACAGUUUCAGGUUAAGAACGGACCUCCGGAACGAAUUAAGUACUUAACCCGAGGUACCACCGUACUUGGAAUAAAUGCCCCCUAUAAACAGUCUCUUUCAGAAUACUGAGACUUGGCAACUGUUUAAUUGCAUAGUAUUUAGAUAAUCCAGAUAGAUUUGGAAGGGUAAGGUACUGAAAUAUUGCUCCGUAAACACUAGAAAUCUUUGUCAGCAUUCCCCAUUUAUGUCACAAUAAAUUUGUUGGUCUUUUUAUGGGCCCAUAAGACUCUUUGUUGUUUUAUGAAAUGGAUAAAUAAAGUCAGAAACUUUUUAAAAUUUAUUUUUUUUACUUUUUGUAAACUCAAAUAUACUAAGUGUUAUAAGCAUAAACAGGAGUUAUAAGCCUUAGAGGGCUGGCGAUCAGUAUUAGGAUUUUGUGUGCGUGUGUUUUAAGAAAGUGUUACUGUGUUUUUUUAUGUUGUUUUAUAUCAUAAUUAGCUGCCUUGGAUGACCUUUGGGCCAGGCAAGGUAAAAUAUUAAAAUAAAUAGACUUGAUUUUAUUGAUACCUUGCCCGUUGCUUACUAAGCAAAUCUUUGCAUCUCUAAUGGAAACUUUUAUCUCUUCAUGAUUCAGUUCGAUUAAGGAGGAAAUCAAGACGACGUUCACAGUGGGGCAAAGGCAUUAUUAAGAAGAGAAAAGUGAAUAAUUUGAAGAAAGACGAAGAUGAUGCCAAGUUUGCAGAUGAUGAAAACCAAGGGGAGGACAGCAAGAUGCUGGAGAACGGGGAGCUUGAGGGAAGUACAGACUGCAUUGAAGAGAAUGGAGAAGAAACGGGCGAUCUCUCUAUGACAAAUGAUGAGUCGUCUUGCGAUAUCAUGGAUAUACAUGGAGAACAGACACUGAACAAUGGGCCAGUCGGGAAAGAAAACAGUAUUCCAUCCACAGAAGAGAGCUCCAACGAGUCCCUGUUAGUAAGUAAGAAGAUUACUCUGACUGUAGAAAAGGAAUCCAAGGAGGAGGCCUUGUUCAAGGGGGACCAUUUAAACGGCCAGGCCUCUGAAGUAGCUGCUGUCCCAGGGUGUCGGUAUGGCGAAUGUGAGUCACCGAAUGCUAUUUUGCCUCCUGCCAUCCCUGACGUGUCCAUUCCCAAACAAAAUGCAACCGCCGAUCCCCAAAAGGAAAAACCCGAAGCUUCGAGCGACAGUCCCGACGAGGAACAAUUAAAACAGUCUGGCACCGAGGUACCACAAUGCAGCAAUAACGAGAAGAAAUCGCAAGGCAUAGAUACUGAAACUAAAGAAGCUGAAUCGUCAGAUAAAGAAGGUAUGCAGUGUAUUCAUCAUUUAUCCCUGUUCUAAUCCUGUAGUCAAGCAAAUCUAUACUACUUUCAUUGAAACAGAUGCUUCCUAUUUUGGCAGAAAGCUUGUCUGUAGUGAUUUAAAGCAACAUCAGCUCGCUAUUUGUUGGAUAAAGAUGUUUCCCAUCCUGUGUUCUUGGAGCCACUUAAGACUUUGAAAAUAAAAUAAAAAUUAUUAAUGGACCACUUGGAAUUUAAUGCUGCUGUUAAUUGUUACCUUAUGUGUCCUGAUUUUUGAUAUUUGCUUUUUUAAAAUUUCAGGUACGUUGAAAAAUAAGAAACCUCGCAAAUUUGCUUUGGCACAGGUUCCAGAGGAGGAGCAAUUGGAUCCCGUACCUCCUGUCAUUGUUGACCAUGACAGAUUAAUGGUAAGGGUGGCUGGAUAGGUAAUCUUAAAUCUUAAUAGCAUUUCUUAAUUUUUUAUCCUAACACUUCCUUAAGCGUUUGAAGGAAAUCUGAUUCAUACUUUCCUUAUAAACUUCACCCUGGAUUCUUGCCAAUAUCUCUUUAUAGAAUUUACUUGAUGUGUUGGUUAAAAAAAGCGAUAACCUGACUGUUGACCAGCUUGAGAGACUAUACUCCCUCCUUAAUCAAUGCAUCUAUCGGCAUCGUAAAGAUUAUGACAAGUCACAGCUUGUAGAGGUACGUUUGCACAACAUUUUAAUGAUGAUUAUUUUUUGUAACACGCUUCUUUAGUCAGUGUUGCUUCAGAGCCACCAAAAUAUCUACCAAAAGUCCUCUUUAGUUUCAUGUGUUAGUGAUUUGAACCACUUUGGGGAGGUCACCGGCAUUUGGCUUCUUGACCAAAUUUCACUGUGCAGAAGUUUUUUGUCAAGCCCUGGGUUCUAUUACUCAGGGAGCAAUCCUAAACUCAGCUGGAAAUCUGCUGAGGGGCUUCAGGAAGUAACAUAGAUGCCACUCCGCUAGCAAAGACAAAGAUAGCUCAGCAGGAUGACACACUGGUUUGGAAGUCUCCUAAUAUGCCAGCUGAUAUAGAUUUUCUACUGGCAGAGUAGUGGAAAAACAGGUGUGCAAACAAACCAUGUACAAAGCCUUUCUUUGUUCUUGACCUACCCACAGGAAUGGCAGGUAUAGCUAAUUCCCUCUCAUUUGUUGCAAUCUUAAAUAUUAAAACCUGCAUAUAAGUAAUACUUAUAGAGAAUAAAUAUAAAGAUAAUAGAAGGCAGAUAAAAAACUAACCAUAAAAAGAAAGGAGAAAAUAGAGAAAGAUAAAAAGAUUAUUCUGCUUCUCUAUCUGCCACUUAUAUAUAAAACAAUUAUUCAAAAUAUUUAACAUGUGCACUCCAGAAUAAUUCUGACUGUAAAUAAUAUUCUGCAAGGUGGUAUUUUCCAAAAUUGUCCCCCCAGGCCUUCUACUUUUGUCACUCCAGAAGUCCAAUAUGCCUCUUCUUCUGACGUCCCAAUUUAAUAUUUUCCCAGCUCUUUGUGACAUAUUUCUCUUAAGGUUUCCAAGGUACCAUAUUAAUCCACAGUCCGUUGUUGUUGUUGUUGUUGUUAAACUAUUUCCCGUUCAUCAUUUUCACUGAAUAACCAAUGUUCUGAUUUCCUCUCAGGAGAUGGAAAGAACGGUUCAUAUGUUCGAAACAUUCCUGUGAACUCUUCAAGAUGUGCAGGUUUUUCUUUUCAUAAGCUGCUUACAGGAGAGCAGCCUACUGAGCCAUUCGAUUUCCAGUUGCACCAAGUAUGUGCAGAGCCUUGGUCUUAACACGCUCACUCCUUGUCUCGCUUUCUGUUAUGAAUUUGGUGCUAUUGUCUCAGGUACCUGAAACCAGCCAGCCUACAAGAACCAAACGGAACUUCAUAAUAUUUGUAUCUUGAUUAUAAAUAAAGAAUAUAAUGCCACAACUUGGGAGAUUUUUGGUGCUACAGAAACUGCUCUCAUUUCUGCUGUCUACAUGCAUUGUCUUGUGAGAAGCUUCAGGCAAAAUGGAACAGGCCAACAAACUGGAUAAAGCAGAUGUAAUUGUUUUUAAGUGGGCAACUUUUAAAAGAAUUUUACUUUUCCCUUUUUCUCUGAGGUAAUGGACAGAAGCCUGUUUUUAAAGCUGGCAGUGAAAGAAAAAAUUGUGGUUAGAAAAAUGAAUUAACUUUGGUAUACAAUAAUGUGAAGAUGAGGCUCUCUGGAGCUGCCUUCAAUGUGCCUUUUUAGUCAGUUGAGGAGGAGGACAAGGCUAUUAAAAUGGUUGGGAUUGUAGCCAAUGACAGAGUUAGAAAGUUCUUUUCAAAAGCCUCUGUUCCCAAAGAACAGUUUCAGGUUCCCACACUGUCAAAAUGGCAGCCAGUAUUACGUUUUAACAUGUCUGUGUUGCUCUCUGGAAACCUAAAUUAUGGAAAUAACCAUGUUAUCUAAAAAUGGUAAGAUGCAUUUAUUCCACAAGUAUAUUUGUUUAUCAAACAAAUUACACUCUGAGGCUUUCGCAGUAAUUAUUCAAAGUAGCUGUAGUUUAUUUUUUUAAUGUUCCAUUUUAUUUCUUCAGAGUUCUUAAAAACAGGUUUCUUUCUUUCUAAACGUCCAUUAUUUUGGAAGGUAUAAGACUGGCUUCCAUUAUCUGGAAAUGUAACUUGCUGGGUGGCCAUAGGCAGAGAAGCGGCAGUUUUGCGCUUCAGUCCUUUAGCCUUUGUUUAAAUGAAUUACGCCAGGCUCAUUCAGUAGAAUCCAUAUGGAGCAGUAUUAAGUAGAAAGCAACUGACCGGCCUUUCAUUUUGUUUGAUUUGGACCCCUGGAUGCCCUGUAAAGACUGCAGAACUCUAGAGCUGAAUGACGUGACAACAAUUUGAAACAUUUUCUUCUUUGGCAAUUAAGAGGAGACACUUUUAGGCGUCGCGAAGUCUGUUGCAAAAGGCCCUGGGCUCCACAAGCCCCUCUCAGAUCUUUUAGAGCAACGUGGAGGAGAUCAGGUGGAUUUAUGAGCUGAUAAGAGGUAGUUAUCCAUUUAUAUAUCCAUAUAUAUAAUCUGAAAGAGUGUCUUCUCCAAAAUACGAAACCCAGUAGGUUUUGCUUUAAGUAAAGAAAGGCAGCCUUGGACUACUGCAGAGAUACUCAGCUACCUCAGCUUUUUGUAUUUUACUUAUCACCAGUGUUUACGGAAGGCUGUAAUCCACCAUUUACGUGCCGAAGCGAAGGUACUUUGUCACUAGACCACUUCAUAGUAGCAUGCUUGUGCUCUGAACCAUACUCUAGCCCUGGGCUACUGCAGUAAUCCAAAGUUUUCCCCCUCCUUCCCAGUCAGAAUGUACAUGCAAGCACCCUAAUUUUAGCCAAGCCUUCUCCAGGCCCCCUCAAACGCCACUUGUCUUCGUUCCUAAUGUGCAUUUUAGUCACACUAUUUUAAACGCGACUCCUGUAGAAGUGCUGUAUUUUUGGUGGGAAAGUGCGAUUAAAAAUGAAAAGCAUCUUGAACUAGUUCUUUCAUUUUAGAAAUUUGAUUGUGGGGAACUUUUCAUCUUUUAAGUUAGUAUUUAUUGCCAUGACACCCGUCUAGGAUAUUUUUGCCGCCGUCAAAACCAUUAGCAUUUUGUAUUUUGAUGGAAAUUGUUACAAAACUUUGAGAUUUGAUGAAAUGAAAUGUAGCAGAUUUUUUGUAGUAAGUUUCUGGUAAAGCUAUUUUUUUGCAAGUCUCAGGUUCUUGCAGCAUUUUUUAAAAAUAUUGUAGUUUAAAGGUUCUUUUGUUCAAGUAGCAGCAGCACUUGUGAAAAGAGAGACUACAUACAUUUUUAACAGGUUACUAAAUUUGUACAAGUUUAAAUCCUUUAAAUAUAGUUGUCAGAUAAUUUGAAAAGAGUAUCUUAAAUUCAGAUCCAACAUUGAAAAUGCUUCCAACUGGUCAGUUAAGGGGAAGAGAGAGAAAAAAAACUUUAGUAGUUUUGAAUGUUGAUAAGAAAGUGAGGACUGCUUCCUAAAUGUUUCGGUUUUUCGGAAGAAUUAGCUUAUAUAAAUGUGUUAGUGGGCAACAUUAAAAUUAUAUAGUCACCCUUUUUGACUCCAAAACCACACUAAAACAUGUAUUGCUUUUCUUUACUAAUAGCUUAGUGGUUGUAGAGUUAAACCUGUUAAUCUAUCCAUGUUGUCAAGUUGUUUACUCUCUGUAUUUUUGUUACUAUUAUUUUGCCACAUAAAAUUGGCAAUAAUCUGUACAAAUCAAUUCCUGUUCCUUGUUAUGAAUAUUACCAAUGAACUCCUGUGCAAAGGCCUUUUCCUAGGGCCAGAUGGAGGUUAAAUUUCUGUGGGGAUAAUGAUGGAACUGCUCUAAGAUGAACAUGGCUGUGGAGUUAAUUGUAUUUGCAAGCUUGAAUUUCACCUGUGAUUAAUUUAUGUUUUGUGUCCUUGGUAUUGUUGCUUGAGUUUUCUCAUAUGCCAAUGUAUUUAUUAUAGGGUUUUAUUUUGGUUUUGGUUUUCUAAUACCUUGUCUUACCAUACUUUUUAAGUUGGAGGGUCAUUUCUGGCUUCGUUUGAUAUUCCGAAUGGCAGGUCUUUCAGCUGGUCAUCACUUCUCCCUCCCUUUUUUGUGUGUAAAUUCACCUUAAGCUUGAAUCUGGGCUCCUUCUACCUGCUUCUUUUCUGUAUUGUACAUUGGUUUACUUAGGCAGUGGGGGAUGUAUUGUUGUUUGCUUCCAUUCAUGUGCGUCGGCUUUUUGAUUAAGUAAGCUUACUUCAUCAGCUAUGAUAAAUUUUGGAUUCUCUUAUAAGUUGUAUUCAGGAUUGUGUUUCACUUGAUCUCUUUUUUUUUUUUUUUUUUUGCAUCUUGACUUCAUUCUGCAUUAGUUAAGUAAAUUAUUUAAUUUUUUUUUUUGAACUUUUGGAUAUUUUGGACAUUUUACUGUAAUUUGUAAUAUAACUGCUGUGAAAUACUUGAAUAAAGAUGACAAGUA